CUGCACUUCUUUCUUCCUGUAAUGCCGUUUUAUACAGAGGCCUGCACACAGCACAAAAUCUGUAACACUGUGUUACUGCUUGCAGGGAUGGUGGAUAAUGAUUGCAAGGGAAGAUCAUACAGUGUAACACUGUAACACAAAUGUAAAUCCCCAGCCAUCACAUUAAACAAAUCGAUUGACAAGUAAGUACAUGCAAAUGUAUUUUAGUGGCCUAUGCAUUCCUUGUAAAUAUAAUAGUCUGUGAUUUCAAAACGUUUUAUGGUACUGUACAAUUAACAUAGAAACAUAGAAUGUGACGGCAGAUAAGAACCAUUGGGCCCAUCUAGUCUACCCAAUUUUCUAAAUACUUUCAUUAGUCCCUAGCCUUAUCUUAUAGCUAGGAUAGCCUUAUACAUAUCCCACGCAUGCUUAAACUCCUUUACUGUGUUAACCUCUACCACUUCAGCUAGAAGGCUAUUCCAUGCAUCCACUACCAUCUCAGUAAAGUAAUACUUCCUGAUAUUAUUUUUAAACCUUUGUCCCUCUAAUUUAAGACUAUGUCCUCUUGUUGUGGUAGUUUUUCUUCUUUUAAAUAUAGUCUCCUCCUUUACUGUGUUGAUUCCCUUUAUGUAUUUAAAUGUUUCUAUCAUAUCCCCCCUGUCUCGUCUUUCCUCCAAGCUAUAUAUGUUAAGAUCCUUUAACCUUUCCUGGUAAGUUUUAUCCUGCAAUCCAUGAACCAGUUUAGUAGCCCUUCUCUGAACCCUCUCUAAGGUAUCAAUAUCCUUCUGAAGAUACGGUCUCCAGUACUGUGUACAAUACUCCAAGUGAGGUCUCACCAGUGUUCUGUACAAUGGCACGAGCACUUCCCUCUUUCUACUGCUAAUACCUCUCCCUAUACAACCAAGCAUUCUGCUAGCAUUUCCUACUGCUCUAUUACAUUGUCUGCCUACCUUUAAGUCAUCAGAAAUAAUCACCCCUAAAUCCCUUUCCUCAUAUGUUGAGGUUAGGACUCUAUCAAAUAUUCUGUACUCUGCCCUUGGGUUUUUACGUCCAAGAUGCAUUAUCUUGCACUUAUCCACAUUAAAUGUCAGUUGCCACAAUUCUGACCAUUUUUCUAGUUUACCUAAAUCAUUUGCCAUUUGGCUUAUCCCUCCUGGAACAUCAACCCUGUUACAUAUCUUAGUAUCAUCAGCAAAAAUACAUACCUUACCAUCAAGACCUUCUGCAAUAUCACUAAUAAAAAUAUUAAAGAGAAUGGGUCCAAGUACAGAUCCCUGAGGUACCCCACUGGUCACGAGCCCAAGCUUCGAAUAUACUCCAUUUAGUCCACUUGCACCCCAUCUAUAAUUGUGUAGGGUCCUUAUAGCAAUCUUAGCUUAGCUAUAUUAUAUAUUAAUAAUUAUCUUAUCCAUAUCAACAGGCAACACUACAAAGUAAAGGAAGCCUGGAAAAAGAUUUAUUGAUUAAACUGCUAGACUGAGUACUGUGUUAAAGAAAACUAUUUUAAAUAAAGCUGGAUGGGAAAGGUAUUCGAAAUGAUUUUCCUUUAACGCUAUAUGGCCUUUUGUUUUGUCCCCAUAAGUAUAUCCUGCGGCAUAUCUGCUAAUAUUAGGAUGUUGACUUGAUAUUAAGGUUGCCACCUUUCUUAGAAAAAAAAUGACCUGCCAUGUUAAUUUCCAAAUUAAUUAUAUAUGCGUAUCAUCACAGGAUUUGACAUCACAGUAUGUAAAUCACAAGUAGUGACAUAUGAAUAAAAAAAAAAUCCACUUGGAAAGGGGAAAAUUCUGACACACACACACACACACACACACACACACACUUUAAAGAAACACUAUAGGCACCCAGAACACGUCAUCUUAUUGAAGUGGUCUAGUUGCAAUGUCCUUGCACCUGUUAGUCCUGCAAUAUAAAACAUUGCAGUUUUUGAGAAACUGCAAUGUUUACAUUGCAGUACUAAGACCGCCUAGUGGCUGUCUACCAGACAGCCACUAGAAUCACUUCCUGGAGUUUCACAAGUUUGACAUCCAGCAUCAGAGGACAUCCAGAGUCAUAGAAAACCACAUAUGAAAGCAUCGAGGCAAUACCUUCAUAUAGGGAAGGUCUAAUGUGUGUGCGGCGCUUAAUGUUGGAGGAGGUGGACAGUGACCCGGAUCCGAGGAAUAUCCGCACUGGACUUGGGUAAGUGAAUAAAGAUUGAUUUAACCCUUUAUGGUGGGAGCUGCGAGGGAAGGGGGGCAAGAGACCACUAUAGAAUUAGAAAUACAGCGUUGUACUCCUAACACUAUUGUUUGCCUUUAAUUAAUAAACCUCUAUAGUUUAUUCCCUAAACAAAAGAAUUUUUGUGCAAAGAAUUGAAAACAAAAUUAAGUUAAGUCCUAAGGAGUGGAUUUGGAAAAAUUUCCAGUUCUGCAACAGUCCCAGUAUGCCUAUUUAUGGCUUGAAUUUUGCACUUUGUUUUUGAUGUUGCAUUUAAGCAUGUAGGUGUGAAUUGCAUAAGGCAUGUUAUAGGCACACUACAGAUGCAUAAAGCAAUUCAGCUUACUGAAGUGCUUUAUGUGUAUGGAGUUUGUCAUUUAAAAAAAAAAAAAUAAAGUUUAAUAGAAAUCAGCACUUUUACACGUGGAAGCCAAACACCCUUUAGCUGUCAGUCAUAAUGCUGGGAAGUUGACUUCCACUCCCCUUAAGUCGACAGAGCAUGCCUGCCUUACUGACUUCUGCUUGCCUAACCCCCCAGUACUACAGCUACAGACAGCAAGCCAGCAGCUGUGCAGAAAAAAAAGAUUUGUGUGUGUGUGGGGGUACAUCUACUAAAUAGUAGGGGGGAAUCAACUCAGCUUUUCUUUAAUUCAAAGGAAUUUUAAAGGAUGCACUUGCAAUUAGUUUGGACAUUUCAUAUCCAGGCCCAGAUUACAGUCAUCAGGCAGCAUAAGGCUUUCAACAGAAUCAGAUCAUUUUGCCCCAUUCGAUUCUGGGCCCUUUGGACUUUAGUGAAUAUACCCAAUUAUGCCCCAUUGUGAAUCAGUUAAAUAUAUUAUCUGUUACUCUCUCUGCUUCCAAGUAUUUCUUGUUACAUAAAAAAAAUCCAAAUUACAUUAAAGCUAGGUUUUACACUAAACAAAGGGCAAAACAGCAAUUUUAUACAAAAAGUACUAUUCACAAAUUUAAAUUAUGUCAAUGUCUGACUGACAGUCUAUAGAGAUAUCCUUAAUAAUACAUUUCUCACAAAAGGCGAUUCUUUCAUUUGCCAGGCUGCAAUCAUUUCUUUUACUAUUAGUAUUUUUUACAUUUUUUCGCAUUUCAGUUGACAUUUCAUGCAUACAAUAGUUUCUGGAAUAACUAUCUGGACAAACCAAAAGGCACAAAAAUUAGCCAAUCAGUGUAUAUUUUUUGCAGUACACUGACCAUUUUCACACUAUUUGGUUCACGGAUCAAGUGAUAGUAAGUAACCAACAGAGGGAAAAGAGGAGCAGCAGUAACAUAUGAUAUGUAUAUAUUAUAUAAAUAUACAUAUGUAUAUUCCUAAUGCCCUGAUAGUUUGCCAUCAAUCAUCUUUUCGUCUAUCAGACAUCUCUUUUGGCACAACAAACGGAAUUCCAAAUCACAAAACAAAAGAUUGUUUCAUGAUUUCUCUAUACAGUCGUGUGGAGUUUGGGACUUGAGACCAAUCGUCGAUUGCCCAAAAUUCUGACAAAUUGCACUCUGUCUAAUACAUAACUUUCUUAGUGCAAAUAAAAUGAGUUUGUGAAGUUGAAAAUGGAGGGUUAAAAAAAACAAAAAACAACUUAGUAAGCAAUUCACAAAACUGUCAGGGUUAUUCAAUAAACACUGGAUUUUGUCCAGACAGACAAAAUCCAGUGAAAAUAUCCGAUUUCCGACUGGAAUGGCAAUUCUCAUAUUUACUACCAAUUCAGAAUUCAGUAGGUCCAACCGGUUUGCAAGAAGCAACUGGAUAUAUUCUGUGCCCAGUUUAAAAGAUUAAGUUUGUGUUCUAAAAUAAUGACAUUUGGUCUACUGCUCCCUAGGUGUGAUUGGCUUAUGAGUAAUGAACCAACUGAAGAGUAUCUCCUGGAGUUCACUGGAAGAGGUUGAAACAGUGGGUUGUGGAAGCUUUGGAACAAUCUACAAAGCAAAGCAUAAAGAAUGGCAGAUACACGUGGCUGUGAAGAAACUAAAUGGGUAGGUUUAACUCUGAAAGGGAAAUAAAUAUCUUGGGUUACAGUUCAUUAGUAUGGGGAGACUAGAGAGUGUAUAUGUAUGUACGCAGUGAAAUCUUUAUUAAUUAUAUUUGGGAGUGCUAAAUGUUUACAAUUAUUUUCCACAUAUUUUAUUGUUGGACCAAGGCAUACAUGACCAUUUGUGACAUGUUUUUGAUAGAAAAAGAAAGUAAGAUAUAAUUAAAAUUCGGCCGAAUUUCGGGUAAUUCGGACAUUCGGGUGCUUCCGAAUGUCCGAAUAGCCGAAUUGCCAAAGUGCCGAAUUGCCGAAGUCCCAAAUUUCCGAAUUGCUGAAGUUCCGAAGUUGCCGAAGUUCUGAGGUGUCAAAGUGCCGAAGUUCCGAAGCACAGUAUUGCCUAAGUACUAAUAUACUUACCCAGUGAAAGAAGAAGAAUGUUACACUGUAUACAAUUUUAAAUAAAAAGUAUACAAACAUAGCCAGGAUUCAGCUGUAAGCAACACUUACAACAAUCAAGUAACAUAACAUUCAUAUAAAAUGUAAGUUACUUGGCCAGUCAUGUAAUGACAGGAAUGAAUAAGUAGAUAACUCCCUAAUUCCCAGGGUAUUAGGGAGCUAUCUACUAAAAGGCUGAAAGACCUGAAUUGGUCUUUCAGCCAAAUUUACUUAGACUAAGAUUACUUAGUAUUAGUAAAUUAUACCCCUACUUGCUAUAUCGCGAGUAGGGGCAUGUCUAUUAAACAGUAGCAGCCUGUGGUUGCUCACUGUUAAAAAAAAAAAGGUCCCUCUCCUGAGCCCCCACCCGCGACGUGCGAGUGGGGGCUUUUAAACUAAAGGGGGGAACUAUUGCCCCCCUGCCCCCACCCCUGAGCGGCGGGUGGGGGCCCUAAACAAGAAUAAGGGGGGACCUAAUGUCCUCCUCCCUGGCCCCCACCCCUGAGCGGUGGGUGGAGGCUCUAAACUAGAAUAAAGGGGAAGAGACCUAAUGUCCUCCCCCCUGGCCCACACCCUUCAGCGGUGGGUGGGGGCCCUAAAUACAAAUUGGGGGGGACCUAAUAUCCUCCCCCCCUGGCCCCCACCCCUGAGCGGUGGAAUGGGGCCCUAAAUACAAAUUGGGGGGGGACCAAAUGUCCUCCCACCUGGCCCCCACCCCUGAGCGGAAGGUGGGGGCCCUAAUUACAAAUUGAACCCCCCUCCCCCCAGGUGACUAGGGAUCCCCAAACCCUUAGUUACCCCCUCCCCAAAAACAUAAACCCCUACCUACCCCCCUCACCCUAAAAAUAAUGAGGGGGGACCUUUAACUAAGUACCUAUAAAAAUAAAAAUAAACUUACCAUUCAAUGUUUUCUUUCUUCUAAAAUCUUAUUUUUUCAGCCACAAAAAAGGCCAAAUAAAAAUCCAUAAUAACCGACGCAAUAAAAAAAAAAAAACAAGCGCAAAAAAAAAAAUCAUCUUCACCCUGCGAGGGCUCUGCGCAGACUGAGCUCUGCAGGAUGGGGGAAGGCUUAUAAAGCCUUGCCCCGCCCUGCAAUUAGGCUCAGAGCACUCUGAUUGGUGGGUUUAAGCCAACCAAUCAGAGUGCUCUGACAGGUAAAUGAAGAGACUGACAGUUAAGUCUCUACAUUUACCUGUCACAGCACUCUGAUUGGUUGGUUUGAAAUCCACCAAUCAGAGUGCUCUGUGUCAUUUUGCACAGCAUGGGAAAGUUCUUUGGAAUUUUCCCACGCUGUGUAAUUUGACUCAUAACUCUCUGAUUGGUGGAUUAAGUAACCAAUCAGAGAGUUAUGAGUCAAAUUACACAGCGUGGGAAAAUUCCAAAGAAUCACUGCACAGGGGUAGGGGCCAGUGGCCAAAUAAAUUAUGGUAGCACCUGGGUGUGCACACCUAUACUGGAUGCGCAGGACUCUUGUUUGUUUUUAGGUUGUAUAUACACUGUUGGGACUUCAGUGUGGAGUAUCUGCAGCACAGGUCUAAUUUUUCUUUGUUUAUACUUUGAAUUUUUUAGGCAUUUUUUGCCUCUACCUCACCCUAUAUAUAGUAUAUAUAUAACAAGUGAAAGAGAAGAAAUGUAUUGGGGAAAGAUGCAUGUGAUCUCCAAAAUGUUCCUACUCUGCAGUUCUGUCUAAUAUCAGUUUGUCACCUUCACAAAAUCGCCAUGUAUAAGGUAUCUUUCAUAAUAAAAAACUUUGAUCUCAUCACUCUUUUCCAGAGAUGUGUCCCAGGGUCUGCAAGAACUUAUUUCAGAGGCAAAAAAGAUGAAUCACGCUGCAGAUAGUCCUCAUGUUGUUCGUAUGCAUGGGAUUUUGAAAGACAAUACAGAGGUGGAGCAAGGCAUUGUGAUGCAAUACAUGGAGAUGGGCAGCCUUUUCUCAUUCCUUCAAAGACAUAAAAAUAUUGAUUGGGCAUUAAAAUUCAGACUAAUUUAUGAAACAGCACUGGGUAUGAAUUGGCUUCAUAAUCUUUCUCCCCCACUACUACACUUGGACCUUAAAACCAAGAAUGUCCUUUUAGAUGAAGACUUUCAUGUAAAGGUGAGACACGUACACUCUUAGGGAUGAAAGUUAUAGCAAUUUAAAUUUAGUCCUCAAGAGGUUAAACAAAGGUUUAAGAUUGUUCUUCCUAACGUGUAGCACAUUCAUCUACACUCAUGAUCACAUUCAGUCGCAUUACAUUUGGUAGUUACGGUUUCCUAAAUAUACACAUUCUUUUACAGAAAUAGCACUUUUGCAGGCCGUGCUCCUAUCAGAACACCUAAUGACCUUAGAUACUGCCUGUUGUGUGUUUUCUGAAUUUUAUAGUGUGGUUGCAGCUAUGAUCAACCACCAUCUAGUGGAUAAAAAUGCUAUUGCACCUGAAAAGAAAGCUUUUAGAACGUGUACCAUUGCUCAUUAUUGAGCGGUAUAACCUGAAAGAGGCCUAUUUAAACCUAUGCUUUACACGUUGUACUUUCAUGGUGUUUCCUAACUAAGAAUAUUUCAUUGUGUUCCUGUUAAAUGCUUUUGCUAGGUUUGCCUUUUUUUUUUAUUUAUUUUUGUGAUCAUGCCUGGUCAUAGCUGAAUUAGAGAAUUUUUCCCGGUUCGGCUGUUCCCUGUAAAUUUAAAAUUUACUUGGAAUUCUCACUUUAGUGGAUAAUCCUGAUGAAGUACUUCAGUUUGCUGAAGUUUGUUAUGAAUGAAGUGUGUCCUCAAAAGAAAUGAUUACUUUUAUAAAUUAAUUUUAUUACACGUGCCCGGUGGUAAAACAGAGACUGUCAAACAGGGACUGGUUGUAACUCAAGCAAAGACAAUUGACCAGUGCACCAACCUUGCAAAGGCUUCUCAAUAAACUGUAAUAGGGAAAGGAAGGGUGAGGAAAAAUGUCACAUAUCCCAAAGAAGGCAUGACAAACAUAUUACAUGGAUAUUUUCUUUGUGGGUUGGUAUAAGUAGCGUUCCUUUAAAGAAACACUAUAGCAUUUGAAAUAAAAGCAUGUUUUCCUAACAUUAUAGUUUUCCUCUACCUACAGGUAGCCAUGUACCUCACCCACAGUGUUAGGAUUUAAAAGGUGAGUUUAAUGACCUUACAUCCCAUGGCAACAAAUUUUCAGUUGCAGGGUAAAGCAGACAGGGACAUGGCAUCCAGAACACUUCCUUGAGAUGAAGUGGUCUGGGUACCUAUAUUGUCCCUUUAAAUCAAAAUGUCCCUAUAGUGUCCCCUGUCAGUAUUAAUGCCAUACAAUAUUUGGCAUAUAGUGUGUUUUUGCAUCACAUUCUGUUGAUGUAUAUGCAUUGAAAUGCACUUGUCUCUGUUUAGGGGAAUGCAUUUUUGGCAGACCUAGUUGUUAACCAACUAAGUUUAUCAUGUUAUCAUCAAUACUACUGGUGUAUUAUGUAUUUCAUCCAUAAAUCUAUGCUUUCAUGGUCCAUGCGCUGCUAAUUGUAUUAAAAAGUAAUGAUUAAGAUAUUGAGAAUGAUUAGCAUUUCUGUCAUUUUAGAUCUCAGACUUUGGUCUAUCUAACUAUUCCCCUAACUGUGGGAAGGAUGUUGGUGGAACCCUGGCAUAUAUGCCUCCCGAGGCACUUAGCUCUAACAGUGGCUACAAGCCAGACAAAUCCUUUGAUGUUUACAGGUACUUAUUUUAUUUUAACUUAUUUUUUUCUUUCAUUUGCAACUAUAAAGGUGACUUCUUCACACUAAUAGUUUUUAGAUAUGAUUUUAUCAGUAUUAGUUUUUUUUCUUAUAAAUCAUUAUUUCGAUUUUUCCAUUAUGCACAUAGCAAAUAUCACAUAAUUUCUUAAAUCACGAGUUUGCACAUUUCUGAUUAAAACAGAUGUGAAACAUAUUUUACAGAAUGGUUUCUUUGUUUUUGUUUAUCCUAGUUUGCGUUUUUACAAAGAUAACAGUAUUUUUUUAUGACAUACAAAUAUAGCAUUCAUACAACAUUCAUACUGGACUCAAAUGUUAAUUAAAUCUAAAUUUAUAGGCAAUGUUAUAUAAAUCAGGUAUAGAAAAUUAAGUCCUGUUAGAAAGUCUACGCACCCAUGGAGCCCCAUUUUAAAAAAAAUAGUUUUCACAAUUGGGCAAAGGAGAUAAAAUAUCCCUCUUCCAUAUUGUACUGGUGCUCAAUUUGAUUGAUUAUAGCGAUCCAAUGUACUUCCGAGGGAGAUUUCGAGUUUCAAAGCAAAUUUUUACAGCAAAUCGAAUGGGAAUAUUAUGGUAUUUAGUAUAUAAAGGAAGCUCCACAUUUAAUAUAAAGGUUUGAGGAGGGAUAUAAUUAAUGGAAAAAACAUUAUUCAACAAUGCUAUAAGAUAUUCUUUUAAUUUAUUGAGUAAUAUGCAUUCCCACCGUAUGUGAUAUUUAUGACACUUCACUAUAUGGCAUCUCCAACAUUUAUCUGAGUAUGAUAUUGAUAUUUUAUAUAGUUUUGUUGGGACCAUAAACCAGUGGUAUUUCAACUUGUAAAAUGUUUCAAUCAGGGUAAUAGCAUUUGUAAUUAUGUAUAUAGUUUCAUACCAUUCAUCAAUUGGAAAACUUAUACCUAUUUUGUUAAGAAUUUUAAAAAUAUUUUAGAGAUCUGUCUAUUGCAUAUAGCACAUAGAUUUGAUGUGAUUCUAAAAUCUGUUUUAAAUGAUAUCGUUUUUCACUCUCAGCUAAGUGAAUAAUUCCCUAGGAGGUAAACUAAAUUUUUGUUGGACAGAGAUAAAAGUUAGUAUAUUACCAUAUUCCCAGAUAUCAGAUAAGGUGCAAAUUCCACAGAUUGACAGGUUUAAUACGUUUAGAUCAUUUAUAUAAUAUUUAAAUAUUUCAAUCAGAGUAUUAAUUAAUAAACAAUCCAUACAUUUGAAUUAUUUCUUUAAGUUUUUAAGAGUAAGCAAGAUAUUAUGAAUUAUUAGAUUAUUAGAUUUAAUAGAUGAAACUUUUAACAUUUAAAUCCAAAAUAUAUUUGAAAGGCUAAGAGGAUAAAGAUCCACUCUUUCAAUCUCAAACCAAGAUGUGCUAAAGGUUUUUUUAUUUACCCAUUGCAAUGCGUGGAAUAUCAUACUAGAGUUAUACAAUUUCAUAAUAUCUGGGUAUGCUACACCUACAUAUUUCUUAUUUUUUAAGGAUGGUCUGUGCUGUCCUGGGUCUACUGUCCUGCCAAAUAUAUGAGUAAAAGCUUCUUUGAAAUUGAAAUAGAAUCUUAGAAUUAACUCUUAAAAGAAUAACCUUAAAGAGUUAUAUUUUCUUAGGGACUAUAUAUGUUAAAGGGAUUCUACAGUGCCAGGAAAAUAUAGCCAUUUUCCUGGCAGUAUAGAAUCCUACAGUGCCCCCCUUCCUCCCGCGGCACUGAAGGUGUUAAAACCCCUUCAAUCACUUUUCUGAAUCCAGUGCUGAUGUCCCUCGGCGCUGGGACAGGCUCUUCCCACGCUCUUACCCCGCUGACGUCAGCCGGCGGGGGAGACCUAAUGCUUUCCAAUGGGGAAAAAUAUGACACUGGCAGAGCAUAAGGACGUCCAGCAACAGAUACCGGACCAAAGGUCCAUUUCAAUUCAGAAAGUCCCUCUAGUGGAUGUCUGGUAGACAGAAAACAAAAGGAAAUCAGCGCUAAUUAACAAACAAUUUGUAGAUAGUCAGCAACCCAAACGAAGGAGACCCCUCAAAUCCUUCAAUAGAUGAGACAAUACAAAGCAAAAAAUAACGUAAAAUAGUCCAAAAGAUUCUCACUAGAGCAACAAUGCUUGAUGGGAUAUAGAAGAGUAGUUGCUUCAGUAGGGGUGCGUCCUAGUGUCUCAGGGUAUUUGCAUAUGUGAAAGACAGAGAUACAGGAACAACCAGUAGUGCGAUACGUUUAAAAUCCAAAGGGUAAAAUAGUAGUAGAAGGUAGAAAACUCACAUUUAAAAGAGCUAUGGCCAGCUCUGGUGUGAAGAGCCUACAACGGUAUAAUCCCCGCUGCUGGGAUGUGUAAAGUAAAUGCGUCUAUCAGCGCUGUCUGGUCAUCCGAAGCUCCAGGGGAAAUAAAAAGAGGCGACAAUAGUGCUCUCAAUUUGAUAAAAGUAAGUAAAAGUAACCAGAAUAAUACUUACAGGUAUAGAGCAGAAAAUAAUGCUCUUUUAAUAAAGAGUUGCUGGUAUGAUCCCCACCUGGGAUUUCUUUAAGUGCAGGAACAAUAAUAAAAAGCCAGGAAAGUAAAAAUAGUAGAAGUGCAUAAAAAUACAAUAAAAAGAGAAUUGGCACAGUAAAGUAACCAAAAACCUUUAAUUGAUCUAAAAUACACAAUUUAAAAUAGCCAUUACGCGUUUCACCAAAAAGGCUUUCUCAAAUGGCAUAAAAAGCUACAUUUUAAGCCAUUUGAGAAAGCCUUUUUGGUGAAACGGGUAAUGGUUAUUUUAAAUUGUGUACUUUAGAUCAAUUAAAGGAAUUGUUGUCCAACCUUACAUUCCAAUAUCCACAUUCAGUGGUGAAUGGAUAAUACUGGAUUUGGAAACCACUCAUGGUAAUUUCCCAUUCUAAGGCGAGAUACAACAGGGACACAGAAGCCUCACAGACAAGUCCAGCACAACUGUGAGGCAGUCCAGGCGCCCACAUUAGGACAUCACCGGAGGGAGCACGAAAAGCACCCUGUGUUGUUGGGGCUUCCAAUAACUCUGAGUAGGCAUCUGACUACCCAGCACAGCUGCUGUGCAACCAGAGCACAGUGAUCCCAGUAGCCAAUUCUAGCCACCAGGGUUAGUGUUGGGUACCUCUAGUACUUUCUUAUCCUAUAUAAAUGUUAAACAUGUUGCUCUGAUUGCUUUUAUAUUAAAGUAAUAAAUGGAGACACAUUGUAAAUGUAUUACAUUUUUAAUCUAUUGAGAAAGCCACCUAGAAAAUAAAUUGUUGCAAUCUCACAGACACACUUGUACAUGAGAUCAUUACUGUGGCAUUGUUCUCUUUUUUGCUCCCUCGCCCAUCCCUCUAUCUUUUCUUUAUUUCCUCUUUCUUUCUUCCAUGAAAAUAUGCUUUAAAAAUGUUAUUCAAAGAGAUUUUGCUAUCCUACGUAUGUGCAGUUCACAAACACUACCUUGGACUACUGUCUACGCUGCUAUGUAAUCUUCUUUUAAAUUACAAUUUAUACAAAAAUUGAGAGUGGUACUGCUUAUAUCAUGCAUGCAUUUUUCAUUAAAGUAAUAUUUACACUCAAGAAAAGUUUUGGAACCUCUGGUUCAGACCACAGAUGCCCUCACAGAGUCCGAUUAAGAUUGCCCAAGGCCCUAGGCAAGAAUGGAGCCCCCUCAGAGCCAUGGGCUCUGUUUCUGUGAGUGUCAUGAGUCUAAGUGUGUGUGUGUGUUUAGUUUUUAAUUUACCCCUCCUGCUUACCUUUUGGUGCUUUGGUGUAAUCCCCAUGGUUCUGUGGAGCCAUGGUGUGGAGCUGGAUCCCUGGUGGUCUUCACCAGUAUUGGGUAAAGAUCAGCUCUGACUCACUGAGAAGCAACAGGAGACCGCGAGAGAGCUCUUAACGUGAUCUGCACCCAAUAGAGGUGCAGACCAGAAUGCGCCUUUAACAAAGUGAGGGGGCAUAGGGCUGAGCAGGGAGAGCUUUUGAUCUCAAGAAGGUCCUCCUCACAUCUAGAGUUCCAAAUCCUUUCUGAGCCCAGGCCUCUUAGAGGCAAGCUAUGUACCCUCAGUAGGCCUGUCUCCUAAAGACAUGGCCAAAACAGAAAGUCUUAAAAAUGGUUUUAAAAAAAAAAGUAUACCAGUCAAUACAGUAUGGAAUAAGUUUUCAGGGUCUACAAAUUGUAAUAUCUAACGAUUUUAGACAAGGCUCCAUUCCUAACAUGCAUGCACAGAAGGUUGUUUACAAAGGCAAACCGUUAUCGAAAAAGUAGCUAGCACAGAUACUAAUGGGAAGCUAAACAUGGACUCUUUUCUGUGAGUGGCAAUUUACUCAUACCUACACUUGUAGAUCAACAAAGAUAAGAGAAAUAGAGUUGCUUUAAUAAUCAGAAUCUCUAUUUAAAAGGAAAAACUGUGACUAAUCUAAAACCUUCACUCACAUUUGCUGUAUAAUUUUAUUUAGUUCUUGGUUUUUAUCUGCUUCUUUUACCAUAAACACUGAGGCUUCUUGUAUUGGUUAUGGUGCAACAAUUUCCCUGGCCUAUUCUCCUUUUACUUAUUGAGAGAGAGCUGGUACAGCAGCCACACACAAGCAGUUAUGGGUGCAUUCAUUCAUACAAAAUCUAUUUUUCAAGAAUUAUUACCUAGCAGUAAAGUUAAUAAUAAAGAUUCGGUAAUAUGGAAAAAUGUAAGGUGCUGGUUGAAAUUGAAUAUUAAAUAUACACUUAUUCCAUUUCCGAGCUUGAUUACUCCAAUUUCAUGGCUGCAGAAAAUGUUCCCUUCUCCUCUACUUGAGGUGUUAUUACAAGAGGGCUGUAAAUAUCUUGGUGACCUAUAUGUUAAUAAUAACUUUGUACAAUUUGACUAUCUACAGAGUAAUUAUAAAAUCGCAUCCAGAUUAUGGCUGGACUAUAAUAGUCUGAGAACUAGAAUUAUAUUCUCUAGAUUCCAUUUGAAAGGGACUAGACAAAUGACAGCAUGUGAAAAGUUAAUAUGUUCAACAAAUAAAUCUCAUCUGAUAUCAAAAUGCUUUAGCCUAAUAAGAGAAAGGGAUCAGGAUUCUAAACCUUUAAAUAUAAGAUUAUGGGAAGAAGAGUUAGAUCAAUCUUGGCCAAUGGAAACCUGGCUGGGAGCAGCUUCAAUAACAAAUAACUUAAUCAAGUAUGCAACAUACAGGGAGACCCAUUUUAAAAUAUGGAACAGAUGGUAUUUAACUCCGAUCAAGUUAUGGAAAAUAAAAAAAAGACAAUAUGCAUAGGUAUUGCUGGAGAGGCUGUAAACAGACCGGUUCAGAUCUACAUAUGUGGUGGUCUUGCCCGCUUAUCCAAAUUUAUUGGAAGGAGUUUGGGGCUUGGAUAUCUCGAAUAGUAGGGGAAAAGAUUAAAAUGGGUCCAGAAUUAGUGCUGUUUCAUUUUCUUCCUAAUAACAUUACAAAGGAAGUAAAAAGCUUCAUCCCUUAAUUAUAGCCAAAUGGCUCAUAGCACUAAAUUGGAAGGGAGAAAGGAUGCCGCUCUGGUCGGACAUUGGAAUUGUCAUGCAGAGAAAUAGAGCAUUAAAGUUGAAUGACAGAUAUGUAGGUUCAUAUUAUGUCCCGAAGUAUAGAUGGUUGGAUUGGGAUAAUUAUCUUUUGAACCCUGGUCAUAGAGUCUCAUAGAGACUGUGAAAGGUUGUUUACAAAGGCAAACAGUUAUCAAAAAGGUAGCCAGCACAGAUACUAAUGGGAGGCUAAACAGGGACCCUUUUCUGAGUGGCAAUUUACUCAUAUCUACACUUGUAGAUCAACUAAGAUAAGAAAAAUAGAGUUGCUUUAAUAAUCAGAAUCCCUAUUUAAAAGGAAAAACUGUGGCUAAUAUAAAACCCUCGCUCACAUGUGCUGUAUAAUUUUAUUUAGUUCUUGGUUUUUAUCGGCUUAUUUUACCAUAAACACUGAGGCUUUUUGUAUUGGUUAUGAUGCAACAAUAUCCCUGGCCUAGUCUUCUUUUACUUGUUGUGAGAGAGCUGGUACAGCAGCCAUACACGAGCAGCUAUGGGUGCAUUCAUUCAUACAAAAUAUGAAUUACUCUACUUGGCAAUCUAAAAGACUAUAAACAGAAGUUGCUGUUUACUUGCUGAGUUGUUCCAUUCAUUUAUUUGACCACUGCAAUUCAGCACACAGAAACCUUAACGGUACUAGAAAAAAACUAAGACUAAACUACUUAAUUUAAGUGGCACUAAAAACUAUUUAAAAUUUUGCAAAACGGCAGUUAUAGUUUAUCACAACUUAAUUCAGAACUAAAACACAUAUCUAUAAUAAAAUAGAAAUUGAGAAACACAAAUAUACCCAUUAAGUAGACUCUGGCCAUUAUAAAUGUAAUGUUUACUAUUAGAGGCUGUAAUCAAAGAGAAUGGGACUUCUCCUUGCUGGAUAGUAUAAAACAGAUACAAUUCUGUUAAAAAAUAUACUAUAUAGUAUAAUACAUGAAACAGUGUGGCAAACAAAUCAUACCAAAAUUAUACAAAAUAUGCAAAACACAAUAGUGUGCUCAGAGGUAGAUUAACCACCAAGAAAGUCAAUAAAAACAGCUGCUGCCAGUCAACUAUUGUUGAAAAAAUCCUUCACCAUCGUGAACAUACAAUGUCUCAAUGUACUACGUUGUCUACAGAGAUAUAUCCAAAAUUCAGGGUUCAUAAAGAUCUUAUAGCAUGUACCUAAUAUACUUUAUAGUAAAGUACCAUUUUUUUAAAUGGGCAAAACCAAUGGGUACCAAGCUUUAUUAUAAUGGUGCCUACUAAACUGAAGACGGAAGACAUAUGCAUAUAUGUAUAUCAAAUCUUAAGGUAUCAGAAAUGUGAUAAAAAAGAUUAUCAACCAUACAAGAUGACACUUCCUAGUGGCUAUGAGCGUAUCAACUAAACUUAAUCCAAUAAUACAUGAAACAAUUGCAAUUCCAAUUGCGGCCUGUGUUCCGGUUUAAUACGGCAAAAUCUAUAUGUUGUGGCCCCCAGUGAAUCCUCGAGCGCCGCUGAGGACGUGCUGUCCCACUGAGUUUAAAGAUCCAGAGAUUCUUUGGAUCUUUGAACGCCACAGGACUGCAUGUCCUCAAUAUGCGUUCUUGCGAUCUCUUGGUCUCGCGGGAUCUCGUCGAUGUCACGGGACUGCAUGUCCUCAGUCUGCAUUCUUGCGAUCUCUUGGUCUUGUGGGAUCUCGUCGACGUCGAUGGAUUUGGCACGUUCCUUCUCCCUGUUGGGACAGAAAGAUCUGGGAAAGAUUCUACAGUAGUAGAAUAAAGAGAAAAGGAAUAAAGAGAGAAAGAAUAAAGAGAAGGAAUAAAGAGAGAUAGAAUAAAGAGAGGAGGGACAGAAUACUGAGAUUUGAGACAGAAUAAAGAGAGAAGACACAGAAUAAAGAGAGAAGGUACACAUAUUUACAUUAGACUUGUCUCCCAAGGGAGACUUAGCUGACUCAGCCAUGGCUUGUGUCCUUGCGCCAGUGUCUCUCAUGGGUCACCGGUUCAGAGUAUGAGUCCUGUUCGCCCUUCUAGCUAUCGUGGCUGGCUGCUGCCGUGACUGUAUACCAGUCUCUUGGGAGCGCCGUGAGGCCCUGGCACACUUGUCCCGGCAAGGUGAAAUCCGAUGGAGGAGUGAUGGAGAGGUUUCUAAGAAACUUAGUUGGGUCAUUGCCCAGCGAGCAGGUGUAUGUUCUUCCAGCUUUGAAGGCCACCACCUUGAAAGGAUGCACCCAGGUGAAGCGGAUCUCAUGUUGUUGAAGCAGGUCUGCCAGUGGCAUCUAGUUGCAUCGCCUAUGGAGCGUGAUAGAUCCUGGAAGAGGGAGAGGGCCUAACCCUGGUAGGUGAGCUUGUGGCUUCUGUUGUACCUUAAUAUGGCUCUAUUUAUUGCCCACCACUCUUUUUGGGAUAUCAGGCAGUAGUUUUUGGAAGUUGGCCUGUAUUUUUUGUAUUAGGGGGCCCUCGUUCGGGGUCUCCGGCAGUCCCCUUAUGCAUAAGUUAUUCCAUCUUGAGCAAUUAGAGAGGUCCUCUACUUGCAUCUCCAGGCUAGUGAGUUGUUGUUCCAUGGAGGUGGAGUUCUGAACCAUGGAGUUGUGUGCCUGCACCACUGCUUCGACCCGUUGCUCUAGGUCUGAUGUGCGUGCCCCAAGGGCCUGGAUUUCGGCCUUAACCUCUUGUGAGCUGCGGGUAAUUUCACCUGCCAGGAAUGACCAGACCUCUGCCAGCUUCUACAGGAUUUUUGCAUUGUUGCCAGGCUGUGUGGCCGAAGACUGGGAGCCACGUGAGCCCGCCCAGCGGCCAUAUUGUGCCACCUGAGAGGAUUGCGAGGCCGCGAACAUGUCGGCCACUGUGGAAGAUGGAUCCUGUAUCUCCCCUUGCUUCUUUCGGCGCAGUGUGGCUCCAGGUCCUAUUUGGGACAUCUGGGGGUGAGCUUGGAGUUGUGAUGCUGCUUACAGGUGCGGGAUUGCGGGUGGAUGCGCGGGAGCACUCAAGUUACGCUGCCAUUUGAGUUGGCUGCCAGACCGCACCCCCCUUUGCAUUUAAUUUUAAUGGUUCAACGAAUGUCAGGCAAAAUGGUUUUCAAUCUUUUCAUUCAUCCAGCAAUAAAGUCCUAUUAAUCCAGUGAGUCCAAACAGGGCUGCAGCUUGAAUCCUCCCGAUCCCAAGCCCGAGUGCGCUCCCUGAAAAUGUGCCAUUAUUAUUAGCCCCGAGUCCCCUGUUCUGUGCCAGGAUAGAGCAAGACACUAGGGGCUAAUAAUAAACCUUACAUGCUCCCCCUUACUGCAGUGUGGCCAUGCAGCAGCACCUUCUGUCAGACCAGUUUCAGGCUCAGGGAUAUUGCUGGAAGUUUUGUGGAGGGGGUGGGACAUAACUCACAUCAUAACCCUGCUUCAUACACACCGUGGCUAUAAACAGUGUUGAGGGUGGGUUAUCCUGUGCCAGGUCACUGAGAGCAUUGCCAUGGGUUAUUGCUGUCAUACAUGUCUGGGUGCCGGCCAAAAGGAGCUGUCUGCCCUCGCCGAGGGUUUAGAUAACCUGCAUUUUCCACCGAACUUAUCCCCCACUAGAGUUCCUACUACUGCCCUUAACUCCCACUUCAGCCUCUAGCCCCCACCCCCUACCCCAAUAGCUAUAUUGGGCUGAGGGGCAACUAACUUGAAUCUCCUUUUCCAUUUUGCGCCUGGACACCACCCAAUAAAAAAAAGUAACAAAAAACUCUUUCAAAAAAGGGGUUAGCACUAGUGACAGAGAAUAUCUGCAAGCAGACAAGGAAUAAACAUAGACAAGCUGAGGUCAUAGGUUUCCUAAAAAUUGGAAUAACGAGUACAAAGCCAAGGUCAGCAUAACAGAAUACAAGAAAUGUCAAACAAGCCAGAGUCGGCCAGAUGUACUUUCAGGUAAUCAAAAACCACUUAAGGGCAAGAAAAGAAGGACAAUUAGGAAUCAUAUAUAUAUCCUGUACUGGGUUGUGAUUAUGAUUUUGAUGAUGUCACAAGCAUAUACACAUCAUCAGAAAGCGCCACAUCGACUGACAAUAUAAAAGGAGACAAAUGGAAAGGAUCCAUGCUAUAAAUUACAUUAGAAUGAGGCAGCAGUAAGCUAGGUAUGAGUGGGUACAGCUUAUCAGAGCACUCUGAUUGGUUGACUUACAAGCCUGACUAAGAUUCCAUAGACUUUUUCUCACCAUGCAACUUCAGUCUGAGCAGUACAUUUUAUCAGCUAACAUGGAUUUAUUUUUAAGUCUCCAUGCAGCUCUCAAAAUAAAAAUAAAAAGUAAGAGAAAAAUAAAAGCCCAUUGAUAGCUCUGUGCAGACUGAGGUUGGAUGGCAGGAAAAAAUAUUGCAGUCUCAGUCAAAGUACUCUAAUUGGUUAAUUUAUAAGCCAACUAAUCUGAGCACUCUGACAAGCAAGUUUCAUUUCUCUGUAGAUGAUGGGCUAACAUGGAUUUUGUUUUCAGGCAUCACUGUCUUUUUUUUCUUUAAAGGACCACUAUAGGCACCCAGACCACUUCAGCUUAAUGAAGUGAUCUGGGUGCCAGGUCCAUCUAGGGUUAAUCCUGCCUGCUGUAAACAGUUUACAAAUGGGUUAACCCAGCCUCUAGUGGCUGCCUCACUGACAGCCGCUAGAGGCGCUUCCACGCUUCUCACUGUGAAAAUCACAGUGAGAAGACGCUGACGUCCAUAGGAAAGCAUUGAGAAUGCUUUCCUAUGGACUGACUGAAUGCGCGCGCGGCUCUUGCUGCGCAUGUGCAUUCAGCCGAUGACGGAGGAAGACGGAGGAGAGUCCCCAGCGAAAAAGGUAAUACUCACUAGUAUUAGGGUAAGGAAGGCAGGUUUUUUUUUAUUGGAGGGUUGGAUAAGGGUCUUUGGGACCCAUAGCCACAUUGAAGAAACAUAUACACACAACUUUGGUGGGUGGAUAUGCCAUUGUAUAUUUAAAUUUCAUCUAGAUAUAAUUAUAAACCCCACAUGCUGUUAAUUGGUGAGGGCAGGGGAAAACCUUCUGUUAUUGUUAAUAUGUUAUGGUUAUUAUUCAUUUAUUAGCACAACUUAUGGUUGGGGGCCAUUAGAUAGGCCAUGGGGGGCUGUGCUUUAAUAGCAACUUAGUAACAAUAGUCUUUUAUUACAGUGUGCAGGGUUAGUCUAGUUAGGCUGAUAAAUAUGCAUAUAAAGCAAAUGAUUUGGUGGUUGGUUUUCAAAAACUGCAGAAAGCUUUAAAUCAAUCUGAUAUUGGAUUAAAAAAAUAAUCCAGAAACAGUCAAUAUUUAUCAACUGUUUCUGACAAAAUAAUAAACCAAGGACUUAGUCUUAGACGAGUUGAAAAUAAGUCUAUAUGACUAGGAUAUUCUCCCUAAAUUCAUCAUGAUUUUGUCUAUUUCUUUCAGUUUUGGCAUCUUGACCUCUGUGGUGCUGACAGGAAAUGAACCAUAUCCUGGUAUGUUACAUUUGUAGAAGACAUUGGAUUUAGGAAGGUGAUUAAUGAGUGUGUGUGUGUCCUACCAGUAAGCCAAUAUUGUUAAUCUAUGUAUCUAUUAUAAAAUGCAUUACUAUUCCAUGUGAAAACAAAGUUUUGCAGACUUGGUGUGGGUAGAAUCUUAAGGGGACACUAUAGGCACCAAAACAACUUUAGCUCAAGGAAGCAGUUAUGGUGUACAGAUCAUGCCCCUGCAGUCUCACUGCUCAAUUCUCUAGGAGUUAAAUCACUUUAUGCAGCCAAAGUCAUACCUCCAUGCAUGUGACUUCCCAUCCUUCCUAAACACUUCCUGUAAAGAGUCAUCUAAUGUUUAAACUUCCUUUAUUGCACAUUCUGUUUAAUUUAGAAUUUUUUAUCUCCUGCUCUGUUAAUAGCUUGUUGGAGCCUGUGAGUGAUUAAAGUUCAAUUUAAAGCGCAGAAGAUAAACACUUCUAAAGCAUGUUAAAAUCUGAUUGAAAAUUAAACCAAUUUUUCAUGCAGGCAGCAUGAGUCAGAGCCAGGGGAGGUGUUUCUAGGGCUGCAUGGACAGAAACAAAACUGAUUAAGUGGUGAGACUACAGGAGCAUGAUCUAUACACCAAAACUGCCUCAUUAAAUUAAACAUUUAAUUAAAUUAAAGUGUAAUACUUAUAGUGUCCCCUUAAGCUAUAAUAUAUGACCAGGCUCUCAGUAUACACUAGGAUUGAGUUACAAGCCAAACAUCUGGGUAUCGCUUCUUUAAAUAUUGCAAAAAUUGAAAACACAGUGCAGCAAUAAUGAAUACAUUCUACUGUAUCAAAGUAUACAAAUUAUACCAUUCAAAAUCUCCUUGUUCUACUCUUGUGCAUUGCAUAGAGAAUCAAGAAAAGCUUUCAAAAAUAAAUCAUCUAAAUUCAGGCAAUUACUGCUCUAAAACCCUAGUCAGCUUUUUUCCCCCCAAGUGUAGCAUCCUUUUAAAACCUGCAGUAGUAGCAUGUAAUGUACUUACAUGCUAAAACCCAUUGAAUUUGUGAGGUUUAAUUUUUUUAUAAUUACUGAAAAUAAAAUAUUGCACGAUUGUCAUUGUUAGUUACUAAACUAAUAAUUCAAAGUGAAUUUCAAGAGAGAACAGAAUGAAGUGUAUCUAAUACAUGAUGCAAAAUAUGAGCAUCACCAAAAUUAAAAAUAGCCAACAAAUAGCCUACUAUAGAGGCCAGAUAAAGCCACUGAACACAAAAAUAAUAAAAAUGUAUUAAGCAAAACAGAUAUGUGACCCAAACGUGCUACCAAAUAGACACCAAAAAAUCUAAAAUGGUUGCUAGACAGAUCUAUAGAGAAAAAUAUAAAUCGUCUAGAUAGGAUAAAAAAGAUAUAUAAUUGCAGAUCAAAAUGUGAGAGUCAUUCCUGUCAGUCGUGGCUGGUAAUGUGCCAGACUAAAGAAGCAGAGUGCCAAUCCAAUGGAUCGGUCAAUAAAUAAAGUCUGGUACUUUAAAUCUCCAUAAUAUAAUGAUGGACCAUAUAUAUCCUAUCCAAAAUUAUAUAUAUAUAUAUAUGAAUCAGUAUGGAGAAUAAUUAUCCAUGGUGAUAAAUAGUAUACCACACUAAAAAAUCUAUCUGAUGAUAAAUAGAUCGAUUAUAAGGUCUAUUCUGCUAGUGAGCUGGGUGAACAGAAUAUAUAUGUAAAUACACCACAGCCUAAGUAAACUAAACUGACAGUAAAGCAAUCAUAGAGACAUCUAGGAGGAACGGGAUAGAGGAGAGAAACACAUUUAUAUAAGGUUGCAAUAAACGGUGCUACAAAGUAUCUGUUAGGUAGCACACAAUGUGUAUAGAGAGCUAUUAACAAUAUGAUACCCGCUAUAAGUAUGUGACCCGUGCCUUCGAGGGCACCUAGCUCCAACCCCCCCAGAUAUCCGAUAGAUAACAAGAUCUAAAAGAAAGUGAAAUCUGCAAAACUAAAUGAAAAUAAUAAAUUUAGAAUAUGAACAGCGCGGUCGCCAGUCUGUGUGCUGCACUAAGGAUCCAACACGUGCAGCACACCACAGUCCUCUGACGCGCGCGUUUCGCUGCACCUAGCUCGUCAGAGAGGAAACGAGAGGUGUGUUAGCACCGGGUUUAAAAAUACAAAGAAAUCACCUGAUUGGUCCGGACGGGCAAUUCCUAAUUGGUUAGAUAGAAUGACGUAACGGAGGACAUUACCGAAGAUGAAAUGGUCUUUCCUAAUCCAAUAAUUAACCCGUUCAGGGUCAGAUUAAAGAAUACAAAACUGGGCAAUGUAUAAUACUGGCUAGGUCACUACACGAAAUAUAAUAAUGGUGAGAACAAGUUUGCAAAUGCCAUAUUGGCUUACAAAAUGUUUAAGUGUAUUUUAAAAGAUAAAAAAGGGGGAAAGAUGAAAAUAGAAAACCCAUAGUUAAAUCUAAAGACAAUCAAAUUAUAAUUUUAACGAAUAAACAUCAUACCAAGUAAUGGUCAAAUGAUGUAGAUGUAAUCCCUUAGGCUAGUAUUAUAGGGAAUAGUACAUAAUAGAAGAUGAUUACAGUAUAUACUCGAGUAUAAGUCUAGUUUUUCAGCACAUUUUUUGUGCUUAAAAACACCCACUCGACUUAUACUCGAGUCACUGUCUGUAUUAUGGCAACUUAGAGAGCCGCGGCCGUCAGAGCCGUGGCAACGAUGCGCGCGACAACCAGACCGCGAGACUUACAGUGGAGCUGACCAGAACGGAGGAGAAGGGAGCUGACAGGAGCUGCAGGAAAGGUAAGUAAAUGCUUCCUGCUGGCCCCCCCACUUCACAGCCCAUGCCACUGGACCACCAGGGAUUAAGAUAGCCCCCCUCCCUGACUGGUUAACAAGCAGGGAGGGGGGACAAUUUUUUUUUAAAAUAAUUAAAAAAAAUAUUAAAUUUAAAAAAAAUAAAAAUAAAAAUGCCCUCCCCCCAUCCAGUUCACACACACUACACAAACACACACUCUUCAUUAUAUACACACUCUGCAUUAUAUACACAGAGUCUGUGUAUAUAAUGCAGAGUGUGUGUUUGUAUGAGUGUGUGUGUUUGUAUGAGUGUGUGUGUAUAUAAUGCAGAGUGUGUGUUUGUAUGAGUGUGUGUGUAUAUAAUUAUGAAAAUCACAGAAUUUCAUAGCCCCAAGUUUUACCCUCGACUUAUCCACGAGGCAUAGCAUAUUUCACAAUUGUUGGUCACAAAACUGCACUCGACUUAUACAUGAGAUCGACUUAUACACGAGUAUAUACGGUAAUCAUGUCUGGAGCAUGAUAGCUCCUAUUGAUCAUAGAUAUAACAGAGAAAAGAAGGUAACAAGUUCAGAAAAUAAGUCUUCAAUGAAGACUUAGCUACAUAGAUGGAUCACCUAUGUAAUAGACAUUAGAUAAGUGAUAAUUAGAAAUUGUAUGUCUAAAUAAGACAUUAAUCAAUGAUUGGUUUACUGUCUCUAGGAACCCAUUCAAAGUCCGAUUGGACAUGGAUUACUCAUAAUGGCUAUGGAAAUUAUAUAUAUAGAUUAGAUAAUCCAAUUAAUCUUAAAUUCUUAAUGUAUGAAGGGGGUAAAAUUGAAUUCCUCAUUGAGACCAUCUGGUGACAAUGUCUUUAGGAUAUAUAUCCAUCUGGACUCCUUCAUGAGUAAUAUUUUAUUGAAGUUGCCCUUUCGCGUGUUCAGAGUAUUUUUUUCCAAAGCCUGAAAGGUUAAUUUCGUGGGGUCUGCCUCAUGAUAAUUACGGACAUGAUUAGCUAUUGGAGUUGAGAUGUUCAAAUUGGUAAUUGAGCAUAGAUAUAUUACCCGUGUUGAACUGCAAUUGAUAAAUUCUUUAACUGUGUAUUCAUUUUUAGUCUUAAAACUUUUGACAGUUUUAGUUGGUUUAAUAAACUGGCAAGCUUUGCAGUGCCCACAUCGAAAUACUCCAGUGGUUUGUUUUAGCCAAGUAGAUUGUGGUGACUUAAUGGGUUCUAUAUGACUGUGAACAAGAAUAUCUUUCAAAUUUCUUGCUCUGCGAGCAGUCAUCUGAGGAAAUUUCUCAAUACUAUCACAUAAAUCCAAGUCAUGUUGCAGAAUGGGCCAAUUGCGAGACAUGAUUUCUCGUAUCUUGUCCCAAUAGGGAUCAUAUGUGCCAAUGCACCGAGUUUUUUUUGUUUCGGUCGUAGAUCUAGUAUUUCUCAAGCUAUCACUCCGGUUGAUAGACAGAGCUCGUUGAUAGGCUCAUUUAAGGACCCUAUUAGGAUAGCCCUUCUGUUUGAACAUUAAUCUCAAUUUCUUAGCUUCUAAUUGAAAGGUUACUUCGUUAGAACAAUUCCGUCUUGCGCGUAAAUAUUGGCCAUAUGGUAUCCCAGAUUUUAAUUUAAUUGGAUGGAAACUUUUUUCUCUUUUCUAAAGAGUAUGGUUUCAAUUUUGCCAUCCUCCUGUAUCUGAAUAUCUAGAUCCAGAAAAACCAGAUGUUCUGGAUCUAUCACGUAAGUGAGUUGAAGGCCUAUUUCGUUGGUGUUCAAUAGGUACACUAGAUCCUGGAAUUGUUUAAUCGACCCCAACCAAAAGACCAGUAUGUCAUCAAUAUAUCUAUGCCAACUAUAGAUAUAUGUGUCAUACUGGUCCUUGGUGAUAACUGGUAAAAUGGUCUCUUCCCACCAACCUAGAUAUAGGUUGGCAUAGCUAGGGGCACAAGCCGUGCCCAUAGCUGUACCCUUCAACUGUAGAUAAUAUUGACCGUUAAAUACAAAAAAAUUAUGAGUGAGGAUGUAUUCUAGUAAUUUGAUAAUAAAAUUACUCUGUACCGAUGUAAACUCCGAUGAUUUGUUCAGAAAAUAGGUGGUGGCUUGUAUACCCAUAGUAUGAGGAAUAUUAUUGUAAAGAGCAACAACAUCCAGACUGCCCAGUAGGCAGUAUGGAGGUACCUCUAGAUUUUUCAAUAGUAUCAAUGUCUGUUUUGUGUCCUGCAGGUAUGACUUCAAAUUGACCACUAAGUCUUGUAGGGCGUUCCCGUUAUGCAGUGGUUCGUACCAACCAAAUGCCAAAUGUGAACCCAACCCGGCAUGAGCACCCAAGUUUCCAUGAUGCACAUGGGGAGCAAAUGAUAGCCUAUCUGACCAGAACAGCUACUGUAGCUCAAAUUGCUGAAAAACAUAAUGCUGGCCAAGAUAGAAAGGUGUUGAGCAAGCGCACCAUUAGACGCAUUUAUGCCAAGCUCAGGGUACUGUCUGCAUGGCAUGCCCUUUGUUGGCCAGCCUGCAUGAUUGUCAGGCAGCCUGUCAUGCAUUUAUACCAGGGUGAUCUUCUAAUUCUUCAGGCAGACACGCCCCCUUUUUGGGCAUGUUCGCCCCUUUGGGCGGGUCUGGUUACAUGACUCGCGUCAGUGUCCCACCCUUUUUUUCGCCAACCACCAACAUUCUGCUUCACCAGACCUGCUGUUAGGGGGAAUGGAUUUACUUGAAAGAUGAAAGCGAGAGAUUAGCAUAGCAUAUAUCCUGUGAGAUUUCCUUCAGCACCACUACUGCCAGAUUCAUGACGCAUGGGAGGUAUAACUAUUCAUUGUUUUCUGUCAAUAAGAUUUUGUAAUUGUAAUAAUUGUCAGCACCAGGCACAAUGGGCUCUUAAUCUGGCCCUGGUUAUCCCUUAUGUAUAGAAAACAUUCUGUCAAACCCUUAUUAACCCCUUAAGGACCGAGGACGGUUCAGGACCGUCAUCGGCAUUUUUGCCUUGCCGACCGAUGACGGUCCUGAACCGUCCAAACGGUCUGGGGGUACUUACCUGAUCGCAUGCGUCGUUCCCGGCGGCGAUCAGUCGAUUUAUUGGGGAGACUGCCUGCAGCCCAGACAGUCUCCCGGCGGAAUAGGACCUGUGGCCGUGUGAUGCUUAACACAGCGAUCACAUGGUCUAAUAAGUGUCAUAAUAGUGCUGCCUGCAGGGGACUGCUUACUGUGCUGACAGGCAGUCUCCUGCAACCUAUAAAUCAGAAAAAAAUUAAGUUAAUGGUAAUAAAAAAAUAAUAAUAAUUAUAUAUGUAUAAAUAUGAUAUAUGAACAUAUAUUAUAUCUAUAUAAUAUAUGUCUACCUCAUAUAUAUAAUGUCAUACUAAAUUAUAUUUUAUAUUAAUAUGUACUUAUAUUAAUAUAAAAUACACCCUCUUCAAAUACCUGCGUAUAUAUAUAAUAUAUGUAACUAUAUAUAUUGUAUAUAUAUAUUAUUAUAAAAUAUAAAUAAUAAGUAAUUUAAAAAUUAAAUAAUUUUUUAAAUAAUAAUAAAAUUUAAAAAAAUUAUAUAGCUAUAUGAAAUUUAUUCUAACUGUAUUUUAAAAUUAAUAUAUAUAUAUUUAUAUCAAAAUACACUUAGAAUGAAUUUGUAUAUAUAUCUAUGUAUAUAAAAAUAAAUAAAAAUAAUAAGAAAUAUACAUAUGUCCAUAUACAAAAUUACAUAAAUAAUUAUAUAAAUAUACACGUAGACUUCAAAUAUAUAAAUAUGCAUAUAUAUUUAAAUUCUACGUGCGUAUUUAUGUAAUAUUUUUACAUAAUUCAGUAAUUUUAUUGAUUGCAAUUUGAGGGACCUGCCUGCCAACCCAGGCCGAAAUUCCAGAGAAUUUAAUUUGCUAGCACUGUAUUUUACCCUGUAACGUUCUACGACACCCUAAAACCUGUACAUGGGGGGUACUGUUUUACUCGGGAGACUUCGCUGAACACAAAUAUUAGUGAUUCAAACAGUAAAACAUAUCACAGCGAUGAUAUUGUCAGUGAAAGUUACUUUUUUUGCAUUUUUCACACACAAACAGCACUUUUACUGAUGAUAUAAUUGUUGUGAUACGUUUUCCAGUUUUUAAACACUAAUAUUUGUGUUCAGCGAUGUCUCCCGAGUAAAACAGUACCCCCCAUGUACAGGUUUUAUAGCAUUUUUGAAAGUUACAAGGUCAAAUAUAUGGGUCAAAUAUUUUUACAUUGAAAAUGGCCAGGUUGGUUACGUUGCCUUUGAGAGCGUAUGGUAGCCCAGGAAUGAGAAUUACCCCCAUGAUGGCAUACCAUUUGCAAAAGAAGACAACCCAAGGUAUUGCAAAUGGGGUAUGUCCAGUCUUUUUUAGUAACCACUUGGUCACAAACACUGGCCAAAAUUAGCGUUCAAUUUAGUUUUUUUACUUUUUUCACACACAAACAAAUAUGAAUGCUUACUUUGGCCAGUGUUUUCGACUAAGUGGCUACUAAAAAAGACUGGACAUACCCCAUAUUGAAUACCCUGGGUUGUCUACUUUAAAAAAAAUAUGUACAUGUGGGGUGUUAUUCAGAGAUUUAUGACAGAUAAUAGUGUUACAAUGUCACUAUUGAUAAAUUUUAAAAAUGUAUGUUUUUAAACCGCAAUAUCCUACUUGUACCUAUAGCCCUAUAACAUGCAAAAAAAAAGCAAAAAAGCACGUAAACACUAGGUAUUUUUAAACUCAGGACAAAAAUUUUGAAUCUAUUUAGCAGUUUUUUUCAUUCGCUUUUGUAGAUGAGUAAAAGAUUUUUCAAGUAAAAGUCAAAAAACAUGUAUUUUUUUCAAUUUUUCAUCAGAUUUUUGUAUUUUUUUUAAAUUAAAAUACAUGAGAUUAUAUAAAUAAUGGUAUGUAAAGAAAGCCCAUUUUGUCCUGAAAAAAACAAUAUGUAAUUUGUAUGGGAACAGUAAAUGAGAAAGCGGAAAAUUACAGCCAAACACAAACACCAGAAAAGUGUAAAAAUAUUCCUGGUCGCAAAUGUACAACAUCGCAAAAACAGUCCAGUCCUUAAGGGGUUAAUUGGCUACGAGGUAAUUAGCAGAAAGGUUUUUCAGGGUGAAAGCUAAUGUAGUGCAGCAGAAGUUUACAGUCUGUUGGUUUAGAAAUAAUAUUGGUGUAAAGUUUCUUAUCAAAGUUUAGAGAGGUGCAAAUAAGCAGCUUAGUUUGCCAUAGUGGUCUGUCCAAUAAUGCUUCUCCUGUAACAGUAACUAAAUGUUGAUUUUAUCCACAGAGUAAGUAAGAAGCAACCAAAAGAGGGUGGAAAAGGAGGAGCAGUAAAAAAGGCUAGAAUGAUAUAUUUAUAUAUUAUCUAAUUAAUGUAUAUAAUGUAUAAAUAUAGACUUUAUUAACUGCUACUUUCUUUUUCACAAUUGUUCUGUGAACAAAAUGGUGGAAAAAUAUGCAGUUUACUGCACAAUAUAUACAUACUACUAUAAUGCAUUUUUUUAAAGCAAAUUGUAAUUUCAGACAAACAGCUUUUGCUUAGGCAAAGAGUUACUUGACUUUUAAAACACCAUUUUUUUAGGCAAAAGUCUUUUGCUUAACUAGUAUUCAGUUAAAUCAAGCACCUUUGGAAAAUGGACCCUUUUCACCAGCAGCCACUCAGACAACCUUGGAAAGUGGCCUCUGCAUUCCAAAUACCUUGAAACCCCUCAAGGAUAGUGAUAAGUAUUGGCAAUCAGUGGCCACUUUCCUCACCUAACUGGCAGGGGCCAUUUUCCCGGUGCACCUGUGAUCUUUAUUGGCAAACAAGAGCCAACUUCCUGGGGUUCCUGGUUGCUUAUUUGUGAGUUGGAGAAAUUAUCGUUGAAGGGUUCUGAAGCGGUUAUUGGCAAUCAAGGAGACACUUUCCGAGGAUGCCUGGGUGUUUAUUGCUGAACAGUGGCCACCUCUCGGUUGCUUGAGUACCUAUUGGUGAGAAGGGGCCACUUACGAUUUGCUUACCACAUAUAUAUUUUUAAGUACACUGACUGGCCCAUUUCUGUGCCCUUCACUGUUUAGUAGAUAUUUACCCAAUGAAAAAAUGCCUGCAUUUAAUUAUGCAUUUUUUCAUUAAAGGUAUAUCUAAAAACAGGUUGCAAAUCCUGCAGUUCUCUUACCUGAAGCCUUUGCAGGCCAUCCCUUCUAACCCUGCCAAGACUUUCUGUGGCUGUCCAAUCACAGACUUUAAAAUGCAGCUCAAUGAGUCUUUGCAAGGCAAAUAUAGUCCACAAUAUCUUGAGUGCCAAAAGUUGUCUACUCCUGGUCUAUAGUUAAUUCCACCUGUAGUCAAUCUCAGUAGAGUCAGGCUUUAGUUAUCAAUGCACCUCAUUACCAGGUAGAAAUUUAGGCGGGGGUUCAGGUCUUUAUAAUAUCGCUUGCUGCACCUGAGUUUCUGUUCCAUUAAUAUAUUUUAAUGAAAGUAAUUUUAUCACCAAUAUUGUGUAAAUAGUUUAUAAAUGGUCAUCUGAAAGUACCUUAAAGACAGAUUGGUUCUCUUGCUGGAUGUAGAAAAUCUUUGAUAGCUGUUAUUACUUAGAGCCUUUACAGAUAUAAAGAAUAAAGGAUUUCGCACCGCGUACAUCAGUUGGGUUAUUUUAAAACUCACUCUGUAUUUUAUUAGUGGAGUUUCAUUCCUGAAUGUAAUGUUGCUCAGCUUUCCAAUCUAGACAGCUAAUUCUUUAGAUGCCUGACUCCUUACAAUGAACGUGCUCUCCGCUUUCAACAUUUAAUACAUCAUCCUCUUUUACUUUGAGGUCUAUUUCUAGACCAAUAGAUACAAUCAAAGAAAUUAAUCAAGGACAAGCAAUCAAUUCGCCUUUGACAAACUCCAGCACGCGUGUUUUCAUUCUGCUCUUGCGUCAGUGGCAUUAAUUAAGACUUUACAAGAUACAGAAAGUCUGCGUGGCAAUGAAAAUGCAAUGUGAUUAUCUUUAAUUUUUUUUCUCCCAUUCUUCUUAAUUGCUACACUGUAUCUGCAAAGUAAUUUAAAUUUGCUGACAUUUUUGCCAUUUCAUUCAACUCAGUUUAUUGUACGCAGGUUACUAUUAAUACUUUGCAUCUCAUGUCUACAUUGUUCUGCUGCUAUCAUACUGUCCUUUAUGAUCGUCUUCUAAAAAUCUCUAAUAGUGUUAACGUAGUUUUGCCGGUUCUUCUUGACCUUCUUUCUUGUUUCGGAACUGUUAUUAAUUAUAUACUGCAACACUAAACAAAUGAAAAAUAAUGUAAAUACACUGACAAAAAGAUAAGUCCUGCGCUCACUCCCAUCACUCCUGGGCGGCAGCAACGAUCACAGUACACAUCUACAAAUAAUGUAAAAUAACUGACAAAAAGUAAAAAAAGAUCUCUCGAAACAUACAGAAAACUUACUUUGUGUGCUGUAUGAUGUUGCUACUUGUCAGCACAAUGUCCAUCAUUAUAAUGAUGCUCUUCGAAAUGGUUUGGUUAAUGCAGAUGUGCUAAUCUCUCCUGAUGGGUAGUAAUAGAGAUGCACUUUAAUCUCAAAGUUCUGCGUCAGUGCAUUGACUAUUUAAGCAGCAUUGUAUUUGAAAUUCCAUUUGCUCCUAGUACCUUUGCUUCCAGGUGCCAGCCCUGCAAUUCUAUGAUUUUCUCUUACGUGACAAUUCAAGUAUUUCACGUUUUAGCAGGAUAUUGCACUUUCUGGAGUAGUAACACUUGGUCCCUGAGUUAAUGUGGAGGUAGUUUGGUUUGAAAUCCAUGGCCAUUGUGAGCUAUAUAAACAUAUAUAACAUAGGUUCCUCAUGUAGAAUUAUUCUUUAACCUAUAUAAAACAGAUAUGCAUACACAUAGUGUAAUCUGUAUUUAUAUGAAAUAUAAUAGGUAGGAGUAGGAUGUAAACUCACAAUUUUUUGAGCCUGUUAGAAGUUGGCUCUGAACUUAUAAAACAUUUCAUCUCACUCCAGGAGAUAAGUAGAAAGAGAUAUUUGAUAGUCACACCCACAGGAACUCAGGAGCUUGGUGAUAUCAGCAACAAAGAUUCCAGGAUCCCAGGUGACAAGUAUAAAAAGUAUUUAUUUAAACUUUAGUAUAUAAAAUAAAUAAAAGCACAACCCGUUUCAACCUCUCUAAGGUCUUCCUUAGGUGCAGGUUUACUAUACACUGGAAAUUUAUCAUAUAUAUAUGAGACUUACUUAAUUACAGCUGGUGUUAAUUGAGGUACAAAUUCCCUACCACUUCCAAAUAUGGUCAUGGCCGGAUAUGGUUCGCCAUCCCCAAUAUGGCGCCACAUCCGGUUCAUGACUAUAGCCUAUGCGCUCCCAAACAUACAAGACUAAUCAUUGUGUCCAUGCAGUCUUUCUUGCAUCACGUCACUUCCGGUGACGUAUUCCCGGCUUCCGUCGCGUCACUUCGCCGACGUUUUUCUAACUUUCAGUGCGUCGCGUCACUUCCGGUGAUGUAUUUCUCCGGUAUCACUUCCUAUUCUGUAUUCACAUUUCGGCGAUCAUUCCCUUGUAAACCUCCCAGAGGAGUGGUAUAUGACAUUUAGGGUCCAUUGUGGAAGUGGGCAUACAUGCCCAUAAUGUCCAUAGUGUCCAUAGAAUAUAUGCAAAAUGAAGAAAAGUAAGAUUAAAAAAUGACAAAAGAUAUUAAAUAUAUAUAAUUAUAUAUAAUAUAGUUAUAUAUGUUUAUAUAUCUCAUAAGGUAAAUUCAUUCCUUUAUGUGCGCUAAAUCACUUUAUUUUUUUGUACGAUCACGUGUUUUUAAGUGUAAUAUAGGGACAUUGCACUUGGUGGUUUUUUAGCAGCACUAGUCACUUUCUCCUUAAAUCUAGCGCUGCUUUAUCUUUUGUGUCUUUGUAUUACUUUCCACUGUGACACUCUUCCUACUUGCCAAGAAGAAUUCAUUGUACUGGAAUCAGUUUCUGGAUGUGUCAUUUGGCUUGUUGCCCCUGAAUCAAUGCGCCAUUAAUGUAGUACUCUUUUUUUUAAUAAUUUUAUAAUUUAAAAAUAUAUAUAUUUCUGUCUGUCUUUCUUUUCAUGAAUCUGACACUUACCUCUAUUGGUCGGUUUUACAGAUUGAACAGUCCUUUUUUGUAGAUGUCCUGUCAAACCCUGAUUCUCAGGGAUGUGGAUAUCUGUCUGUGGUCUCUCAUGCACUUUAACAAACACAUUUUUCUUUGUUCUGUUGUAUUCAUUAAUUUAUUUGCCCUUAGUGCUUUUUAGUACAAGUUGUUAUAGGCUUAUCAUUAAUAUUGUUUGUCUUUUCUAUGUAUCAUAAGCCAUCAAUCCUGCCUUUGUUGUUAAUUCUGUUAUUUAGGGAAUAGGGGCAGUAGUGUGUGUGUAGGGUGCAAUGUGUGAAAUGCAGUGUGUGUAUGAGGGGUGCAGUGUGUGUUUGAGGGGUGCAGUAUGUGUAUGGGAGCAGGAGGGGUGUAGACAGUGUGUGUGUGUGUGUGUACGUGGUGCAGUGUGUGUGUAUUGGAAGGCAGUGUGUGUGUGUGUGUAUUCGGGUGCAGUGUGUGUAUUGGGUGCAGAGUGUGUAUUGGGUGCAGAGUGUGUGUGUGUGUGUGUGUGUAUUGGGGGCAGUUUGUGUGGGGAGAGUUAUUGGGGUUUGGGGGACAGAUAAAUAUAUACUUUUGUUUUAAUUAAAAUAAAUAAUUUUUAUGUCCCCCCCUCCCUUCUUACCUUUGCUUAGGAAGGGGGGAUAUUUCCUGCAAUCCCUGGUGGACUGGUGGAGAAUCCCUGGGGGUCCUAGUGGUGAUAGUGAACUCUAGCCUGCAGCUAAGACUAGAGAGUUCACUCUCGCGAGAACCAGAGCUUGCCGUGGUAACUGCGGCAACACUCUGUGCUCGCGAGAGGAGGCUGAGCUCCCAGGUCCUCUCUCCCUCCCCUGCUGGCAAAAUGCCUGUGGAACAAUGAGGGAGAUCACUGAUCUCCCCUCCGGUCCUUGAAGGCACCCAGCAGGGCUGGCAGGAGAGAGCAAUGCACGGUUGUUUCUCGGGGAGGGGGGGAAGGGUAGGGGGGUAAUUGCCCCAGUGGUCCUACAGAUGGCAAACUUAAAUUGUAAAUCAAAUUUUAUACCACUAAGCAACAAAGGUCAGUUUUACAGUAAUCAUAGUCUCAAUAACCUGCCUGUAUUAUGUCCACCAUAGACACAUGUACAGUACAAGUGUUGCUUCCAAAUAAGAUCCAGUUAACUCUUGCUCAAGAAGCAUGGCAAGGACAUCAGGCUCCUGGGGAAAGUCCUUUUCCUCUGUCUUCCAAUUGUAAUUUUGCAAAAUGUAGGCCAAAAAAGUUCUACUGAUAUAUUUUCCCUUGCCCAGGAAUAAUUUUUAAUAAUAAUGAUGUGUGUGCGCAGGAAGACGAUGGGGGUUUUGUAUGUUGUGUGGACUUCUGUGAGUUGUGUGUAUGUUGCUUGUAGUAUAGUGUAGGAGGAUUGUGUGUGGAUGGAUGCAUGUAUUGUGUGUAUGGGGAGCCUGUGCAUGUUGUGUGUGGUGUGGUGCGUGGAUGGAUAGGCUGUGUGUGAGGGAUGCCUACAUGUGUGAUCUGCAUAGGCUGCUUCCGGUGUUGUGUACAAAGGGUGUGGGAGUUGUGUAUGUCGAAAGCUGUGUGUUUUGUAUAUGUGGGGUGUUUGUGUGUGUUGUAUUUGAGGGGUCUGUGCAUGUUGUUGUAGAUACUGAUUUGUGCGUUUAAGCUGCUUGCUUGUGUGGGAAACUCUGUGUGUUGUGCUUUUUGUUGCCCCGUUCCUUCUCAUUUUUUAGGAAGGAGGACAUUGCUCACUGGAGGUCCUGUUGUAGCGUUACUUACCUUAACCGGGGGCCGGUCGCGGUCCUCUCUUCAAGCCGCGCGCGGUCCUGCGGCUGGACGAGCCACGCGCGGCUCAUCCGACUGCUUCAGAUGGAAGGCGGGCAGUGACCGCGUGAAGCGGUCACGUGUCCCGCCUGAAACUAAGAGCGCGCCGCGAGUCUCGGGCGCGCUCUUAAAGAGACAGUGGGAGCCUAAUUGCCAAAAGGCUCCCAUUGGCUCCUGUCAUACCACACUCCCUAUACAAUUACCUAUAGGGGGUGUGGAAGUGACAGGAGCCAAUCACUUUCGUUUAAAAGCUAUUUAAACUUACCUUUUUCCCUUAGCUCGUUGCCCUAUCGUGGUUUCUGUUUCAGUUCCCUUUAGCGCUUGUGGUGUUCAGUUGUGUUUUCUCGUAUUGACUUUGGCUUCGUAUUCUGACUUCGUUUUCGCUUUAUCCUUAUCUGUACUGUUUGCCGGCUUGCUGUUUUCCGUGUACCAGACCCCGGCUUGUCCUAGUUUACGCUGUCUCUCUGUGCCCUUGACCUCGGUUUGUUCCUGGCUCUGUCUCCUCUCAUAUACGUCGAGUCCGGCCAUUCUAAGGUCCGGUAGACGUAUCUCUCCUCUGUAUUUGCCUCUGUUUAGCUGGAUCCUGCGUGUAGGGGUAUAUUCUCGUUACAUUACGAUAGGGCCAUGGACCCCGCAGAUUUAGCUCAACAGAUGGCGUCCCAUGAGGCAAGAUUUGUAGAGCAGGAUCACCGUAUGGAUCAGAUAGCCCAGGCUCUCCAGACGCUCCUAGCUAGAACCGUUCCAGCAACCACACCUAACCCUCCUAUGCCCCUUCUCCCUGAAGUAUCUACUUUGCCUAAUACUUCGGCCCAUUUAACACCUCCUCCUAGGUAUGGAGGGGACUCUAAGACUUGCAGAGGGUUUAUUAAUCAAAUUGAAUUCCACUUCGAAAUGUAUCCAUGUUCAUUUCCCACAGAGAGGUCUAAGGUUGGGUUCUUUAUGCACCAACUCACCGAUAAGGCACUUGAGUGGGCAAAUCCUAUUUGGGAAGCUAAUGGACCUAUGGUGCAUGAUUUCAACAGUUUUCUUACGGCUUUUCGUAGAACUUUUGACACAAUGAAAAGGUCAAAGAAUGCCGCGAGAGCAUUAAUGAGAAUUAAACAGGGUUCUAGGUCUGUGGCUGAUUAUGCUAUUCAGUUUAGCACUCUUGCUUCGCAGGUAGAUUGGACCAACAAUGGGUUAACUACUGCCUUUAUGGAAGGUUUGUCAGAUACGAUAUUGGAUGAGGUAGCAGCUAAGGAGCUUCCUAUUGCCUUAGAGGACCUUAUCGAUUACCUCAUUGAUAUAGAUAAUAGAAUUCGUGACAGGCUCUAUACCAAGAACAGGAAUAGACGUUUUGUUACACCCAUUAACCCCAGAGUUAAUAUACCAGAGAGUGUUAAAGUGUCUGAGGAGGAACCUAUGCAAUUAGGGGUUGCCAAACUCUCUGAUACUGAGAAAUUACAUAGGAGAAGGGAGGGACUCUGCCUAUACUGUGGUAGGAGAGACCAUAUGGUAAAGGAAUGUCCUUUACUCCCGGAAAACUCUCGCACCUAAGACCUUAUAGGGGACUGGCCUUGGGUGUGAUAUCUAAGUCUCCUAAAUUGCCUCCUAACCGCUUGCUUCUCCCGGUUUCUUUAUAUAUGGGAGAGAUUUGUAUAGUUGACAACAUAUAUGCUCUGGUUGACUCUGGGGCAGCUGAAAAUUUUAUAGACUCUGGCUUUAUAAAGAGAAACAACAUUCCCAUCAGAGAGAAGGAGAUACCCUUGGCCGUUGAGGCCAUAGAUGGUAGACCAUUAAGUUCUCCAGUUGUUACUCAUGAGACUGUACCAUUACACAUGUACACAGGGGUUUUACACUAUGAAACCAUUCGAUUCCAGGUCAUCACCUCUCCCUCUUCACAGUUAGUAUUAGGGUAUCCAUGGUUACGUGCUCACAAUCCCAUUUUUGACUGGGAGACAGGGCAAAUAAAAUCAUGGAGUGAGGCCUGCCACGAGUCUUGUACGUUGGAAGUCACACCUUUGAAUUCUAUUGAGGUACCUACCAGUCCUCCUUUGUCUACGGUUAUACCCCCUCAGUAUUUAUCUCUAAGACUGUUUUUGAUAAAAGGGAGGCUGAGAAAUUACCGCCUCACAGACCCUAUGAUUGCGCUAUUGACUUGUUGCCUGGCACUAUACCUCCAAAGGGCAGGGUGUACCCCUUAUCGGUUCAAGAAAACCGUGUCAUGGAGGAGUAUAUUAAGGAAUCACUAGAAAAGGGGUUUAUUAGGAGAUCCUCUUCUCCAGCUGGAGCAGGGUUCUUCUUUGUAUCGAAGAAAGAAGGUGAUUUAAGACCGUGUAUAGAUUAUAGAGGUCUAAACAAAAUCACUAUCAAAAAUGCAUACCCUAUACCUUUAAUUACAGAAUUAUUUGACAGGCUGAAACAUGCCACUGUGUUCACUAAAUUAGACCUUAGGAGUGCAUACAAUUUGAUACGUAUAAAGGAAAAUCACGAAUGGAAGACUGCAUUCAACACUAGAUCCGGUCAUUACGAAUAUACUGUUAUGCCAUUUGGGCUUUGCAAUGCCCCAGCAGUAUUCCAAGAAUUUAUUAAUGAUGUCUUAAGAGAUUUUAUUCACACAUUUGUUAUCGUAUACUUGGACGACAUUUUAAUAUAUUCUACAGAUAUACACACUCAUCACAGACAUGUUACGACAGUUUUGAAGACCCUUCUUGCUAAUGGUCUUUAUUGCAAGCUAGAAAAAUGUUUGUUUGACCAAACCGAAGUCCAGUUCUUGGGGUAUUUGAUUUCCGCUAAAGGUUUUCGUAUGGAUCCCCAGAAGCUUGCUGCUGUAAUAGAAUGGCCUCUACCGCAAGGUCUGAAAGCUAUUCAGCGUUUUCUUGGGUUCUCCAAUUAUUAUAGACGUUUUAUCAAAGGUUUCUCGUCCAUUGUAGCACCUAUUACCCGUAUGACUAAAAAGGAUGGCAAUACUCGUGUUUGGUCUACCGAGGCACUUCAGGCUUUUGAAUUUCUUAAAACUACGUUCGCCUCUGCACCUAUUUUACAGCAUCCUGUCCCCUCACUGCCCUAUAUUCUUGAAGUUGAUGCUUCGGAUAUUGGGGUAGGUGCUGUCUUAUCCCAAAGAGAGUCGCCUGAAAAGCCAUUGCAUCCAUGCGGCUUCUUUUCUAAACAAAUGUCCAAAGCAGAGAAAAAUUAUGAUGUGGGUAAUCGCGAACUCCUUGCUAUUAUUUUAGCACUUAAAGAGUGGAGACAUUUGUUAGAAGGAACUAAGGAUCCUAUCCUCAUUUUUACGGAUCACAAGAACCUAUCCUACCUUAGCGAAGCCAAAAGAUUGUCUUCCAGGCAGGCUAGGUGGUCACUAUUUUUGUCCCGUUUCAAUUUUAUUAUCACCUAUAGGCCAGGUGAUCGCAACACUAAAGCAGACGCUCUGUCCAGACAGUUCGAAACUACUGACAAACAGGAGAUUGAUGUUACUCCUGUCAUUCCCCAGACAGGAUAAUAGCUACUACUAUUUUGUCUAUUUCCUCGUCCCUCUUGCAGGCCAUACAAGCGAAACAAAGCAUGGCACCUAGCGAGAGGCCUAAUGAUAAACUGUUCGUUGAUGUUCCUGAGAGACGGGAUAUUAUGUCAUUAUAUCAUGAUGCUAAGACUGCUGGACAUCCUGGUAUUUCCAAAACGGUGUCAGCUGUUUCUCGGUAUUUUUGGUGGGAUUCCUUACGAAAGGAUGUCACUGACUAUAUAAGUGCUUGUACUACUUGUGCCUGUAUGAAAUCCUCCCGUAGAGUUCCUUGUGGGCUGUUGCAUCCGUUACCCGUUCCCGAGAGACCUUGGUCUAACCUGUCCAUGGAUUUUAUUGUUGAAUUACCCCCUUCAAGUGGUAACACAGUAAUCCUGAUGAUAGUGGAUCGGUUCUCCAAAAUGGCUCACUUCGUGUCUCUUCACAAGUUUCCCACAUCUAAGGAACUGGCUCAUAUCUUCGCUAGAGAAGUAUUUCGAUUACAUGGGAUUCCCGUAUCUAUUGUAUCCGAUAGGGGUAGCCAAUUUAUUUCCAGGUUCUGGAGGGCCUUUUGUUCAGAAAUGGGUAUUUCUCUCUCAUUUUCUUCCGCUUAUCAUCCCCAGUCUAAUGGGGCUGCUGAACGUGCCAACCAGUCUCUGGAGCAAUACCUCCGUUGUUUUGUGUCUCACCAUCAGGACAAUUGGUCUGACCUGCUUCCUUGGGCUGAAUUUGCUCGGAAUAACGCCACUCAUGAUUCUUCCGGCAAGACCCCUUUUUUCGUUGUCUAUGGCCAGCAUCCCGUUGUUCUUCCGGCUGCAUUCUCCUCACAGGGCAUGCCAGUUCUGGAUGAGCAUUUGGCUGGUUUGCGUAAUACUUGGGAGCAGGUUCAGCGUUCUUUGGUGGACUCUGCUACUCGCCAGAAGGCUCAGGCUGACAAGCAUCGCAGAGCAGCUCCGUCCUAUGUUGUGGGGGACAGGGUUUUGCUUUCCACGCGGAAUAUUCGUCUCCGGGUGCCUUCUAUGAAAUUGGCUCCCCGCUUCAUUGGACCUUAUCGUAUUAUACAUAAGGUUAAUCCUGUUUCUUAUGCCUUAGGCCUGCCUAAGAAUCUACGUAUUCCUAAUGUUUUUCACACCUCAUUGUUGAAACCUUUCGUACGCAACCGCUAUACCCGGCAUACUCCUCCUCCCCCUCCUAUCUCGGUGGAGGGUCAUGAGGAGUUUGAAGUGUCUGCUGUUCUUGACUCUCGUUUCCUUAGGGGUCGACUUCAGUACUUGGUACAUUGGAAGGGUUAUGGGCCUGAGGAGCACAGUUGGAUUUCGGCUGAUGCUGUCCAUGCUCCCCGUCUUGUGCGCUCUUUCCAUUCUCGUUUUCCUGCCAGGCCUGGUCCUACCCGCCCGGGGGGCGUGUCCUCAGGGGGGGGUACUGUAGCGUUACUUACCUUAACCGGGGGCCGGUCGCGGUCCUCUCUUCAAGCCGCGCGCGGUCCUGCGGCUGCACGAGCCGCGCGCGGCUCAUCCGACUGCUUUAGAUGGAAGGCGGGCAGUGACCGCGUGAAGCGGUCACGUGUCCCGCCUGAAACUAAGAGCGCGCCGCGAGUCUCGGGCGCGCUCUUAAAGAGACAGUGGGAGCCUAAUUGCCAAAAGGCUCCCAUUGGCUCCUGUCAUACCACACUCCCUAUACAAUUACCUAUAGGGGGUGUGGAAGUGACAGGAGCCAAUCACUUUGGUUUAAAAGCUAUUUAACUUACCUUUUUCCCUUAGCUCGUUGCCCUAUCGUGGUUUCUGUUUCAGUUCCCUUUAGCGCUUGUGGUGUUCAGUUGUGUUUUCUCGUAUUGACUUUGGCUUCGUAUUCUGACUUCGUUUUCGCUUUAUCCUUAUCUGUACUGUUUGCUGGCUUGCUGUUUUCCGUGUACCAGACCCCGGCUUGUCCUAGUUUACGCUGUCUCUCUGUGCCCUUGACCUCGGUUUGUUCCUGGCUCUGUCUCCUCUCAUAUACGUCGAGUCCGGCCAUUCUAAGGUCCGGUAGACGUAUCUCUCCUCUGUAUUUGCCUCUGUUUAGCUGGAUCCUGCGUGUAGGGGUAUAUUCUCAUUACACCUGUGGACUGAGCUUGUGUUCUGCACCUAAAAUGGGUGCAGAUUUUUGCAAGUGCUUCUUCUAGUCCAGUGUUUUUGAAUGAUCAGCAGCGCACUGCACCUACCUGAGGUGCAGGUAACACGUUAUAGGGAGCAGGCAUAGGUCUGGUCAGAGAGAGCUUUUAAUAUUCCAACUUUGAUAGCAAAUAUCAAAAUAUUUUAUUUAGUAGUCAUAUUGUCCUGGCUAGACAGGAGUUGUUGGGAUAAGAAAAAUCCUCAUACGAAAUAAGAGAUUUCUGUUUGGUGAAUCCUCUUUUUGAAGUAGAAUGGUCUGCCUGUUGUAGUAUGAACUUUGAAGGUAAGUAUAAAUUUUUCUCUCUUAUUAAUUCAUUUUUGCAUAUUGCAUCUCUAUCUAUUUCAUACAUUUAAAUGGGGGUUCCAUUCUACUUCUAGAGUAGCCCCUUAAAAAUUGAGUUUGCAGCAGUUUUACAAUUCCAAUUAUAUUAUUAACUUGGGAUAAUAGCUGGUGUGGUGAAAUGGCUAGAUGCAUACCGAUAAUAUUCAUAUAACAAGUUUAAUCAGAGAAAUUUGUCGUGAGAAAAUUGUAAAAUUAGUGGAUUGUGUUGGUAACCCAGUGCAAUAGGACAUAAUUGGCUGGUGCUGUUGGGUAUUUUGGUUUUGUCAGACAAUUGACAGAUAUGUCUGCUCCCGAGUCCCUAAUCAAUUUAGUAUGAGUGGGGAAAAAACAUAUGAUGAUCCUGAUGGAUAUGUGUACAUUUUUUAACAGCAGUUGCACUAAUAGCAUUUAAUUGUUGGAGUAAUGUGGUGCAGAACAAGUUUCACAGUCAGAACUGCAAAAUAAACAAUGCGCUCAAAGUGUAAACUCAUAGCACUUAAUGUGCCUUAAUUGAUUAGAUAAAACAGAUCUGUGUUCUAAUUGAAAUUUCCCUGUUCUAGUCAAUUUGAUCUUGAUUACGUUUAUUAAAAUGUGGGGCAGAGAAUUUUUGUGAUAACCUUUCAAUGUCUUUCUCAUCCUAUCAGAUGCUAGAUCUUUCCUAAUAGUUGAACGUAUUCCUAAAGGGGACAGGCCAUGUCUAGAAGCCUUGAAAAGAGUACUUGAAAAAACUACUGUGACGUAUUUAGAUAAGGCAAUUGAAUAUACUGAACUAUGCUGGCACAAUGACAAGAACAAGAGACCUCCCUUUAGUGGUGAGUAUUGUGAGAUAUGUGGCUUUAAAAAGCAGAGGCGUUGGCUGUAUAAUACAUAUGUAAUAACUGUCGCAAAUCUCAAAUUAUGGUGUGCCAAAUACAGUUUGGGACCCUUAUCCUACUGCACAGGGUUAUUCAAGAAGUAAGACACCAUAAUAGGGUUAAUCCAGCCUCUAUAGCCUCUAGUGGCUGUCUUAUUGACCGCCGCUAGAGGCGUUUGCGUGCUUCUCACUGUGAAACUCACAGUGUGAAGACGUCAGCAUCCAUGGGAAAGCAUUCUGAAAGCUUUCCUAUGAGACUGGCUGAAUGCGCGCCGCAUUCAGCCGAAGAGGCAGAGAGGAGGCGGAGAGGAGGAGAAGAGCUCCCCGUCCGGCUCUGGAAAAAAAGGUAAGAUUUAACCCUUUCCUCGCCAUCCAGCCUGGCGGGAGGGGGUCCCUGAGGGUGGGGGUACCCUCAGGGCACUAUAGUGCCAGGAAAACGAGUAUGUUUUCCUGGCUCUAUAGUGGUCCUUUAAGAAAUAACUAUAUUUAUGCAUAAAUUUGUCUUAAAAUUUGGUUUGAUGUUCAUCUAAGAUACACUAUCCUAUCCAGUUUCACACCUCCAAAGGCAAGCAUUGGGAGGUUAUUACCUCAUAGAGAUGCAUUGAAUCAUGCAGAGCGUGGAGACGCUGAAUGUAGAUACUGCACACUGUGCAGCACUGAGUUAGAAAGCACCUCUGAAUGACUGGAACUAGAGAUGUUACUAGCCCACAAUGUAAAUACUGAGUGCUUACAUUGGAAAACCUGCUAGGGCAUGUUAUAGACACCAGAACAACUACAUUAAGCUACAGUGGUUCUGGUGACUAUAGUGUCCAUUUAAUCCCAUUCUUAAAAAGCCAUCUCUUGAUGGCUAACGACUAUCCCAUAUCACUACUCCCCUUUACUUUUAAGUUUCUAGUGUGGCUUGUAUUUACCCAUCUAGCAUUCUCAACUAUCUUUUCUUGACCCCCUUAAAUCUGGUUUCUGCUCCCUCCACUCAACUGAAACUGCUCUUACCAAAGUGACUAAUGCUUUAAUUGCUGCUAAAUCUAAACAUCAUCACUCGCUCUUAAAGGGACACUCCGGUCCACUAAAGCACUUUAACUUGCUGAAAUGUUUUAUGGUGUGGUUGUGUGCCAUCAUUACUGAACUUUUUAGUAACACAUUUAAAGUAAAUGGCAAAUAUUUAAAUUGUACAACAAAUGGCUAGUCCUCCCCCCGAUCCCUCUCUUUGCCACUCGUAGCUGUAAAUUCCUUUCUUCCUUAGGCCCAAUUUAAACUUCCAGCCCUGCAACUAAGAAUUUCCAUUUCUACUCAGCUUUAAUUAUAUCACUGUUCUAUUCUGUCGUAGCUGUUACCAUGGAACCUUUUUUCUGGUGGUAAUAAUUGUAGACACGAAUGUAGAUAUACAGUCUCUGGUAAUAUUUUAAAAGAGCAAAGUAUAACACUUCAAUAUUUUUUCUAGUAGAAAGUUGAGGGGAACUUUGAAUGUUCAUAUAUUAUCGGUUAUGGCAGUAGAUGUAAACACAUUCUCUCUAUAUUUGUGUAGAUUGCUGCAACAAAUGGGAAAGGUUGUAUUCACCCCAUAAGGCUGGGGUACGCAGAGCAGUGAUGUCUUUAAUUGAUCAGGUGAGUAUGUGCUGGACCUGGCAAGUUCAUGAUAGAAGAAAUGACCAAUGUGGCCUAUGUGAUUAUUUAUUUUUUGUUCAUGGAUAGUGCAUCCAGGGUUUAGGGAAACAAAAAUACUGCAUAAUAUUUAUUAAUAUGAUUCAGUGCGUACCUCCUAACUUUCAAAACAGCCACUUUCUUGAGUUAUGUUCCCACCAAAACAGCAUAUGUGAGAAAGGCUGAACUGGAUGGACGUAAGUCUCUUUCAGCUAUGUAAGUAUCUCUUAAGUGAAAUUAAGAGAUAAUGCAUUAUUAUAACAUACAUGUGUUAAUCAUACAUAAAUAUUUUUCCCAAAAGUAAACACACACAUUUAACCUCUUCACUAACAAGCCAUUUUUUUAUUUGAAAAAAUAUUAGCAUAACAUUUAUUUGAAAUAAAUAAUAUAAUUUGAAACAUUUAUUUGAAACAAAUUGAUGCAUAGCUACCACAUAAACAAAUAACAGUUUUGUCUACCCAUUGCUCUUCAGACAAACUUAAUAGUUAAAAAUUUAAUUUACAAAAUGUUAUUUGUCAUUUAUUCAUUCAUACUUUAAGAUAUUUUUAUUUUUAAUAAAAUAAAUCACAAUGUUGCACAUUAGAACAAAUCUCCAUCUGCUCGACCAAUAAAAAGCAAAACAAUAAAAACAUAUAAAUCAUAAAGCAAUCUGCUGGCACAUGGAAUUUGUUGGCGCUAUAUAAACAGUUACAUAAUAAUAAUAAUAAUAAUAAUAAUACACAAAGACCACAGAAAUUAUUUUUAUAGAGUCCUAAUAUACAGAGUUAGCAACAAUAGUCAAAAACGUACAAAGGCAAAAGGAAUAUCCAGAGAAUGUCAGUCCAAAGGAAGAGGGAUAGUGACAAUUGCAAUCAGCACCUUCAAUCAGCAGAGAUAACAGCAGAAAGGGCUCCAAUAAUAAAACAAUAAAAGCAGCGUGCCUAGGCAAUGGUCAAUAUCCUUAUCUUGGCAGACUUUGCCAAAGACUGGCGUGCGUGUCAACAAUAAAUUGUCAACAAAUUGUGCGUGAGGAGUAUCUUAGUUUAACUCCAGUUUAUAAAAGUGCAGGUUUCUAUGAAAAGGCGUGCAUGCCUCCACCCACACAGACCUCAGACCAGACAUGCGUGUGUGUACAAGCCAGUGAGCGCACGUAUUGGUGCACCAAUUCAGGGGCUUCUCAAUGAGAGGUUAUUUUCCUGUGAAGAGUCUGAAAGUGUCUUCUGGAAAAAAAAUAGCAAGAGCUUCAGAGAGUUGAGAGGAGAGUUUAUAAGAUCUGCGGCGCUUGCAAGCUUUUUUAAGAUAACUCACCAAUGAAUACAUGCAUGAACAAUUUAAUGCAUGAAUUCAUUGGAGGUAUAUCUACUAAACUGUAAUUUUUUUGCCCAUUUAGGCAAUAGAGUGUCCCUUUAACAGUGCAGGAUAUAAGAAAUUCUAAAUUAAACAGAAUGUACAAUAAAGGAAGUUUAAACAUUAGAUCUCACUUUACAGGAAAUGUUUAGGAAGGCUGUGAAGUUAGAUGCAGGAGAUGUGGCUAUGUCUAUAAACAAAGUAAUUUAACUGCUAAAUAGCAUAUAAUUGAACACUGAGAUUGCAUCUAUAUACAAAAACUGCUCCAUUAUGCCAGUUGUUUUAGUAAUCACAGUGUCCCUUUAAAUUUAUAAGCACAACCAUUCACACUCUUUUGUAAAUUCAAAUGUAAUGCAAAAUAGCCGAAUUGGAAGAAUUCUCAAAGACUUGCUACCAGUUCAGAUAUCUUGACCAGAAAUUUUAAAUUUACUUUGAAUUCACACAUUAGUAAUUAAUUCUACAAGUGAAAUUAAGAGAUAAUGCAUUAUUAUAACAUACAUGUGUUAAUCAUACAUAAAUAUUUUUCCCAAAAGUAAACACACACAUUUAACCUCUUCACUAACAAGCCAUUUUUUUAUUUGAAAAAAUAUUAGCAUAACAUUUAUUUGAAAUAAAUAAUAUAAUUUGAAACAUUUAUUUGAAACAAAUUGAUGCAUAGCUACCACAUAAACAAAUAACAGUUUUGUCUACCCAUUGCUCUUCAGACAAACUUAAUAGUUAAAAAUUUAAUUUACAAAAUGUUAUUUGUCAUUUAUUCAUUCAUACUUUAAGAUAUUUUUAUUUUUUUUGUAGAAUGAAAAACAUUAUACUUUAUUCAGUGUACUUGUCUUGCAAUAUUUCCCACAGGACCUGAAGUGGUAGUAAACAAUCAAAAUGUCUCUUACACGCAGCUGUGACAAAAAUAGAUAAUAUAUAAAUAAAGAUAUAAAAACCUGUUAAUACUAUAUUGUAAUGACCGGGAAAACAUUACUAGCAGUACAGCUUAUUGAGAAUGGCUAGAGAGAAUGUAACAGGAAUGUCUACAUUUAGGUAUAAUGCCCACAUAGAUAAAAUACAGUUAAAAAUGAUACUUCUAAAAUUAAGGUAUUUAAAAAGUGCUAUUCCAAUUUGCAUAAAUCUAUGGAAUGCGUUCCUCCUUGGCUGUAGGAAUGGUAAGAGCCAUUGAAAGUUCCUUUACCUUUUGCAAAAAGGGGUUAAACUGACAUUUUCAGCACACUUGCAGGCAUUAAAUGACUCACUAGUAGCCUGGGGCAGAGAACUUUGUUCUUCUUCAGGCUGGUAAUCAUUGUUGGAGUAUAAAUAAGGGUGACUGAGGCUUUAUGGACUAUCAUGAAAGUAAAAACAUUUAUACACAAUUCUGGAAGUGCUAAGGUAAGAUGAAACCUGAGCGUCAAAGAGGCAAGCAGAGGCAUAGUCAAUAAGUAUAUGUAACAUAGGAAGGUAGACUUACCCACACUGUGUUAAUUGUAUAUAUUAGAGAAACCCUUAAUUCUAAUACUUUGUGAAAUGUAAGUAAACACAUACAUUUUAGAUUUAAGACAAAGGUAAUUUUAUUUCAAGUGCAAAUCAUAGCAAGCAGAAGUAUUUAUUUUUAUAUUGUUUUUGUUUGGUUUAUUAAGUUGCCAAAGACAGCUCCUCCAGACACACCAGAUACAUCAACAACUGCCAGCAGCGACAUGACAGGAGCCAUACAAAGAUUUGCGCAUGUGCUAAAUAUCACUCAGGAGCCCUCUUGUAAAUUAAGUGAGUAAAGAUUGUCAGUCACACUCAUAUAAUUCCUUUUAAAAAUGUGUGCCUUUGUUUAGUAAAUAACAUAUAUUUUCUACAUCACAUAAUAACAAAUAAUCAACAAGGACAGUCACUGACUAAGCUACUGUACACAAGUUUUUCAUUGUAUACUUAUGUCUGUAUGUAAUAUAGAUUAUUCGCUUACAGAUGCAGCACCUGUGAAGAAAAACCCAACAGAUUCUUACAAAACAUCGAAUGAACAAUAUUCACAGAUCUCCCGAUAUCCUAUGCCCCAACAUUUUGCAAGACCAAUGGUAACAUGUUGUCUAUUUCAAACACAUAGAGCUUGGAACCUGAAGCUAAAUAUAGAAUAAUGCAUUUGUAAUAAGUAAGCAUGUUUAGGCGCUUGCAGCAAAUUACACGAGGGUGUGCACUGAGAGAAAGUGACCUCAUAAACUUUACUUGAACAACACUAAUUUAAAAACAAAAGUUUAAUAUACAUUUUGCAUUUGUAAUAACUACAUGUACACAUAGAUAAGCUAACCCAACAUAACAAGUUUACCCAAACUAAUGCUCAAAAAAUGCCCACAGAGACCAGAUUAGGGACACAGAGUGCACUGCAGCAACUACAUGUGAUGUCAUGUCUACAAAUGCUCACAGUUUAGGGAAUAAGAUCCAUGAACUUGUGGAAAUAAUGGCAACUGAUAGUGUAGAUUUAGUCGCUGUUACUGAGACAUGGUAUAAUGAGAAAAAUGACUGGGACAUAGCAAUACCAGGGUACUCUUUAUAUAGGAAAGACAGGGAAGGCAAGAAAGAGGGAUGGGUGGCUCUCUAUGUGAAGGAUAGCAUAAAAUCUAACCUAAUAAAAGUUAGUGAGGCAAACAGAAUCCGUUUGGGUUACGUUAGAAUUUGGUGAUUCAUGUAGGUGUGAUUUAUAGGCCCCCAGAACAAAUAGAAGAGUUAGAUAAUCUACUAGUUUAGGAAAUAGCUAAAAUGACAAUGAAGGGGGAAGUUAUCAUCAUGGGUGACUUUAAUCUUCCUGAUGUGAACUGGAAAACAAAAAUAGCUGCUUGUGCCAGGAGCACACAUAUUCUAAACUCCCUACUGGGAUUGUCUCUAAAACAAGUUGUUGAGGAGCCAACUCGUAAAGAGGCCAUACUAGAUUUAGUGUUAACAAAUGGAGAUUUGGGAUCAGAUAUUAUUGUAGGUGAAAGUUUAGGAUCCAGUCAUCAUCAGUCAGUGUGGUUUAAUAUAAGAACAUUGACUGAGUCACUUUUCUAAAAUUAGAAUAUGUUUAAAGGAGUCAUUAUCAGACUGGAGCAGUUUAAAUGGAGUCCAAAAAAAAAAAAAACGGGAUUAUUUAAAAGUUGCACUGCUGAAGGCAACAAAAAAUUGCAUUAGGUUUGUCAGUAAAAGCAAAAAAUGUAAGAAACCACUGUGUCCAAAAUAGUAAAAAAAAAAAAAAAAGUUAGAAUUUAGUAAUUAUAAAAAAAAACCAGAGUGAGGAAGAUAGACAGAUCUAUAAGAUUAGGCAGAGAGAGGUUAAGCAAGUUAGUAAGAGCUUCCAAAUCAUACACAGAAGAGAAAAUAGCACAGUCAGUAAAAAAAGGGAACAAAACAUUUUUUAGAUACAUAAAUGAGAAAAGGAAAGUAAAACAAGGAUUAGUUAGAUUAAAAACAAAAGAAGGAAGGUAUGUAGAAGAGGAUAAAGGUCUAGCUGACUGCCUCAAUUAAUAUUUUUUUCCAAAAAAACAAAUGUGAGGAAGGCUGAACUUGAUGGACCAAGUCUCUUUUCAGCUAUGUAACUAUGUAAGAUAAUGCAUCUUGGACGUAAAAACGCAAAGGCAGAGUACAGAAUAUUUGAUAGAGUCCUAACCUCAACAUCUGAGGAAAGGGAUUUAGGGGUAAUUAUUUCAGAUGACUUAAAGGUAGCCAAACAAUGUAAUAGAGCAGCAGGAAAUGCUAGCAGAAUGCUUGGUUGUAUAGGGAGAGGUAUUAGCAGUAGAAAGAGGGAAGUGCUCAUGCCAUUGUACAGAACACUGGUGAGACCUCACUUGGAGUAUUGUACGCAGUACUAAAGACCUCUAGUUUAUUUCAAAAUAAGUUUUGUAACGCACUUCUGCAUUUAUUUUUUAAGAUUUAGUGAUGCGUUUACUUUCCUCUUUGACAUUUCAGAUCUCGAUAUAAAAACUUUAUGGAAGAAAGUCAUUUUUAAAUUUUAAAUAUUUGUUCCAAUCAGAACUACAAUUUUACCAGGAAAGUAUCAAUAUCCUGAAGGAUAUUGAUACUUUAGAAAGAGUUCAGAGAAGGGCUACUAAACUGAUUCAUGGAUUACAGGAUAAAACUUACAAGAAAAGGUUAAAGGAUCUUAACAUGUAUAGCUUGGAGGAAAGACGAGACAGGGGGGAAUAUGAUAGAAACAUUUAAAUACAUAAAGGCAAUCAACACAGUAAAGGAGGAGUCUAUAUUUAUUGGGCAGUCUAGAUGGCUCAAAUGGUUCUUAUCUGCCAUCACAUUCUAUGUUUCUAUGUUUAAAAGAAGAAAAACUACUACAACAAGAGGGCAUAGUCUUAAAUAAUAGGGGCAAAAGUUUAAAAAUAAUAUUCGGAAGUAUUACUUUACUGAAAGGGUAGUGGAUGCAUGGAAUAGAGGUUAACACAGUGAAGGAGUUUAAGCAUGCGUGGGAUAGGCAUAAGGCUAUCCUAGAUAUAAGAUAAGGCCAGGGACUAAUGAAAGUAUUUAGAAAAUUGGGCAGACUAGAUGGGCCGAAUGGUUCUUAUCUGCCAUCACAUUCUAUGUUACUAUGUUUCUACAUUAGGGUGUUUCAGGACAAAUUUGGCAAACCCCUGUGAAAGCCUAUAUAUAAGCACCACUAAUUACACAAAUUGCACCAUCUCUUCAAACAAAUGCAAAACAAAUGCUAACAAUAGAAUAUAAUCUAUACAGAUCCAAUAAAGAGGGCAGAGCCAAAAAAUGAUGAUCCAUUUUCCACUCCUUGAUAGGACCUGGUGAGAAGGUUCCAUGCAACUUCCUUUUUAAGGAAUACCCCUCCUCUAACAAGGAACCAGAUAGCCUCUAAAAUGUAUGAUUGUUGCUCUCGAAAUGCAUUUGCAUUAAAAAUGCUUUCCAGCUAACAAGUUAAAAUUCACUUCAGUCAUUGAAGACAGAUGUUUUCUCAUUCUAUAUUUUAGUGACUGCACUCAGGUGUCCACAGAACGUUUUCCAGUAGGAAGGGUCAAAGCCAUAAUGUAUUUUGGCGCUGUCACUCUUAGGCCUCAUUUAAAUCAAAGUGUAGGAAGCUACCAAGGAGCAAUGGCCUCCUCUUAGCCUGUGCUUGCCAAUGCCUAUGACUGCACUGUUUACAUACAGCAAUAAACAUACCUUCCGAGGUAAUCAAGUAAAUUACAUAAUUUAUAUAUUCCUUAAUAGAAUAUACAUUGUCUGUUCUGGUACAACAAAAUGUAUAAUACACUUUACUAUGUUAGCAACAGGUGUAUCUUCCGCUAGCACACUAAAAAGAACAUUUGUAGGUAGCCAACACCUAGACUUUAAAGAAAAUAAAACAAUAACUGGGACAUUAAGAUAAACUUUCCAAAGAACAUUUCACAUUGAGCCACAAGUAGGAAAGAAAGUAAUUAACCAUUAACAGAAUGAAAUGCACUCACCUGUGUUAGUGUUCCAGACUAAUAGGACAGCUUCACACCUUCAUGUGAACAAAUUGAAACACUUAGAUAUCUCUACUGUGUGGAUGGGAAGCAUUAAAAAGGAACACUCCGAGCACCAUAACCACUACAGUCUACUGUACCAGAGUAGUUUGUCUAACUGUUUUAGAACAUUUCAACAAAUUAGCUUUGUGCACUGGUCGCCUCCCCCAGCUUCUCCUGCAUGUCUACAAUGAGCUGAAGAAGGUCCGAUAAAGGGUCGCACUCAUUGGAUGAGAUGGUUCAGCUGAUGCUGCCUGUCAUCCAAUAGGUAGAGCCCUGCACAGGCUUGCUUAGCUAAGUGGCGUUAACUAUAUUCUCCUGCAAAGAGAACCUGGAAGCAGGGGUUUCAGGUGUGUGCACCAUGCAGGACCCAAGUAAGAUUUCAAACUAUUCUAAAAUGGUUUGAUACAUUUCUCUGGGAGGGUGCCAGCAAGCUAUAGCAGCCUUGGUGCUUAGAGUGCUUCUUUAACUUAGUAUCUAACAUUGUACGUUGCUGACUUAUAAAUCUAUUCAUAAUUUAAUUAUCUAUUUCAUUUUUUUUUUUUUGUUUAUUUUAGAUUUAUGGUCAAAGACAUUCACAUAUAUUUCAACAACCAGGUAAAUGUAUCUUCAUUCUCUCUACUUGGGGUUUGCCUUGAAAUCAUCUUUAUCUCUUAUUCACAUUUAUCUUCUUGUUCGGUAUGUAACACUUUCUUUGCCUGAUACAAUUUUUUUUAUUUUUCAAUGGAUCUGCUUCCAGUGGACUGAAAACUUGAAACACAUUAAAUAAAUAUGGAAAAUGUAAUGUGUUUGCAUGGAUUAACUACCUGUAUGUAAGACUAGUAAUUAAGUGUCGUAAUCUGAUCAAAACUUUUUUAACAGGUUAUCCUUUUCGUCAGCCACAGUUCUUUUAUAGUAGACCACCAUCUCAGGUAAAUUACAGAUCUUAUGAAUUAUUGUAAGCUUACAAUGUAGAAUACAUAUAUAAUAUAAUGCACAUGUAUACACUAACAUCUAUCACCAUAGCAACUCAGUCUGUAUGAUAGAAUAGUGUUAUUCAACAUUUUCAUUUAAGGGCUCUGUAUCUCUCCUCCAGUGUAUGAUAAGGAGAUGGAGAAACCAAACUAAACAUGUAGAGCUAUAUUUUUCAUUAAUACUGAGGGCUGCAAAGAAAUAGGCUACAACAUUUUCCACAUUGUAAAUUAUAUUGUAUAUAGCUAUACUGAACACCAAAACAAUAUGACAGAAGUGUGAAUAUGUCAGGAUCGUGACAGGGAUCCAACACGCAGAAUACAAACAGGAGAUAGGUACGUAUACCGGACCUUAGAAUGGCCGGACUAACGUAAGGAGAAAGCAAAGAAUGGUCAGAGACAAGCCGAGGUCGAGGGAACGAGAGAGUAGGUAAGCGAGAGACAAGCCGAGUCAAAAGGACAAGAGAGGAAAGCAGGGUCAAAAAUACAAGCCGAGUCAGGAACCAAAAGACAAUAGAGGUAAGAGCACUGAGUGACCAGACUAGCUAGAACCACGACAGGGCAAUGAAUCAUUCCACAAAACCCUCUUUUAUACCUUGGCUCUUUAACUGUUGGCCCCGCCCCCAACGAGUCCUGAUUCGUUGUUCGGCACUUGGUUGCCGUGAUUGACGGGUCGGAACGUGAUUGCCGUCAUGACGUCGGCUACUGAGCGCCGCGUCAUAAAAGGAGGCGGAGCUAUCGCGGCCGGCGUGUAAACGGCCGGGAGGACUGCGAGGAUCGGGUGAGUCAGCCCCCCUAGGAGGAUGGACGUCUAGGUGUCUAACCUCCUCCGAGGUAGACACCAGAGGUAACCUGACAGUACCCCCCCUCUCAGAAACGCCCACCGGGCGGAAGGAACCGGGGCGAGACGGAAAACGAGCAUGAAAUGCCCGGAGGAGACGAGGGGCAUGCACAUUUUCACGGCCCACCCAAGACCUUUCUUCAGGCCCAUACCCCUUCCAGUCAACAAGAUAUUGCAACUUCCCCCGAGAAAUACGAGAAUCGAGAAUGGAUUUGAUUUCAUAUUCCUCCUGACCCUCAACCUGGACAGAGAGAGGGGAGGACUCAGCGGAGGAAAAUCUGUUACAAACCAAAGGCUUCAACAAAGAAACAUGAAAAGAGUUAGGGAUGCGCAGGGCAGGCGGAAGGGCAAGACGAUACGCAACCGGGUUAAUCCGACACAGAACCUUGUAAGGGCCUAUGUAACGAGGGGCAAAUUUCAUGGAAGGAACCUUCAAGCGGAUGUUUCUGGUACUCAACCACACCUUAUCACCCGGGGCAAAAACCGGAGCCACCCGUCUCCGUUUGUCAGCGUGUCGUUUGAACACCAUGGAAUUCUGAAGAAGAAUUCGUCGAGUCUGAUCCCACAACUUUCUCAGAUUGGCGACAUGAACAUCAACCGACGGUACCCCUUGGGAAGGGGAAACCGACGGAAGAAUGGAAGGAUGAAAGCCAUAAUUCAAGAAAAAGGGGCUAGAACGAGUAGAAUCACAAACGAGAUUGUUGUGCGCAAACUCUGCCCAAGGAAUCAGACCAACCCAAUCGUCCUGGUGUUCAGAAACAAAACAACGCAAAUAUUGUUCAAUCUUUUGGUUGGUGCGUUCGGCAGCUCCGUUGGACUGGGGAUGAUAGGCAGAUGAGAAAUUCAACUUGAUGCCUAAGUGAGAACAGAAAGACUUCCAAAAGCGGGAAACAAAUUGGGAACCUCUAUCAGAAACAAUUUCAGAGGGAAUACCAUGUAAACGAAAAAUCUCCCUCGCGAAAAUCUCAGCUAAUUCGGGAGACGAGGGCAGUUUAGGCAAGGGCACGAAAUGAGCCAUUUUAGUAAACCUGUCAAUCACCGUGAGAAUAACAGUAUGUUUUUUAGAAACAGGCAAAUCGACAAUGAAGUCCAUAGCCAAACAGGACCAUGGUUUCUCGGGAAUUUCUAAGGGGUGCAAAAGCCCACAUGGGAGCGCAUGAGGUUGCUUAGUCUUCAUACAGACAGCACAUGCCCCGACGAAAUCCCUUAUAUCCUUACGAAAAGAAGGCCACCAGAAAUCUUUAGAAAUCAGGGAACACGUUUUGCGUAUGCCGGGGUGCCCAGCAACUUUACUGUCAUGAAAGCAAUGCAGCAGUUCCACUUGGAGCUCAGGAGGAACGAAGUACCGAGCCCCAGGAACAGGUUUGGGAGCUAGAUGUUGUACUUUCUUGAUCUCAGCAAGCAACGGCGAGUGUAUCCUGACACACGUGUUGGCAAUAAUAUUACACUUGGGAACGAUAGAAGACAAAGCUGCUUCAGACACCGUAGAAGGUUCAUGUUGGCGGGACAAUGCAUCUGCCUUAGAGUUCUUAGAACCAGGUCUAUAAGUGAGCACGUAAUUGAAAUGUGUAAGGAACAAGGACCAACGAGCUUGCCUGGCGGACAAGCGCUUGGCCUCCCCUAUAUAGGACAAAUUCUUGUGAUCCGUCAAAAUAGUAACCGGGUAUAAAGUCCCUUCCAACAAAUGUCUCCAUUCCUUUAAAGCCAUAAUGACCGCUAACAGUUCCCUGUCACCAAUGUCAUAUCUACUUUCAGGCCCAGAUAAUUUCUUGGAAAAAAAACCACAUGGAUGUAACGGUUUAUCCAAACCUAGCCUUUGGGACAAGAUAGCGCCUAUACCUGUCUCCGAGGCGUCUACCUCGAGUAGAAAAGGCAAAGAGGUGUCAGGAUGAACUAAUAUCGGUGCUGAGGCAAAAUGUUCUUUGAGUGUUUUGAAAGCAGAGAGAGCCUCUGUAGACCAAGUCUUGGUAUCAGCACCCUGUCUAGUCAUAUUGGUAAUAGGAGCAAUAAUAGAAGAGUAACCUUUAAUGAAGCGCCUAUAAUAAUUGGAGAAUCCGAUAAAUCUCUGAAUGGCCUUGAGUCCCCUGGGCAAUGGCCAAUCUAAAAUCGAUUGGAGUUUAAUGGGGUCCAUCCUAAAUCCGUCUCCAGAAAUAACGUAGCCAAGAAAGUUUAUCUGAGAUUGGUCGAAGCUACACUUUUCCAAUUUGCAGUACAAUCCAUGUUGUAACAGUUUGCGCAGUACCCUUCUGACUUGUCUGUGGUGAGUCUCAAUCUCUCUAGAGUGUAUUAGUAUAUCAUCCAAAUAUACUAUAACGCAUUCAUGCUGAAAUUCCCUAAGAACCUCAUUAAUUAGGUCCUGGAAUACUGCAGGUGCAUUGCAAAGCCCGAAGGGCAUUACCGUGUAUUCAUAGUGGCCAUAACGGGUAUUGAAAGCUGUUUUCCAUUCGUCUCCCUGCUGAAUUCUCACCAAGUUAUAAGCUCCCCUCAGAUCUAACUUGGUAAAAAUCUUGGAGCCUUUCAGUCGAUCAAAGAGCUCAGUAAUCAAAGGAAUAGGAUAAGCAUUUCUAAUAGUUAUCUUAUUCAAGCCCCGAUAAUCAAUGCAAGGCCGUAGAGUGCCGUCUUUUUUAUCUACAAAAAAGAAACCGGCCCCGGCCGGAGAAGAAGAUCUCCUAAUAAAUCCUUUGUCUAGGUUUUCACGUAUGUACUCCUCUAGGACUAAGUUCUCCUUAGUGGAUAAAGGAUAUACCGUACCCCUCGGAGGCAUAGUACCAGGCAGGAGUCUAAUUUUACAGUCGAAGGACCUAUGUGGAGGUAAAGUAUCAGCCUUCUUUUUGUCAAAGACUGCCUUUAAAUCCAGGUACUGAGACGGUAUCUGUAAAUCUGUAGAUUGGGAAGAGUUAACCGGGGCGUCAACCAUGCAAAUCGGUGAGACUUUCUGUAAACAUCCUCUCUGGCAACCCUGACCCCAGGAGACUAUCUCACCCAGUUCCCAGUCAAUAGUAGGGUUAUGCUUCUUAAGCCAGGGAUACCCCAAGACUAUUGGAACUGAAGGAGAUGAGAUCAGCAUGAGGGAUAUUCUUUCCUCGUGUAGGAUACCAGUGGUUAACUUAAUUGGUAUGGUUUCACGAAAAAUAACAGGUUCAGAUAAUGGUCUACCAUCUAUGGCCUCAACGGCCAAGGGUGUAUCCCUUAGCUGAGAUGGGAUAGAAUGGUUAGUGACAAAGGCUUGGUCAAUAAAGCUUUCAGCUGCUCCGGAAUCUAUCAAAGCCAUAGCAUUAAGUACUCCCUUUUCCCAAGCUAAAGAAACAGGUAUCAGAAGCCUAUGAUCUUUAUAAUCAUAUAUAGAGGACAAGAUAGAAACACCCAAGGCCUGUCCUCUUGAGAAACUUAGGUGCGAGCGUUUCCCGGCCGGUUAGGGCAAUUUAGGCGUAGGUGACCUCUUAUUCCGCAAUACAUACAAAGCCCCUCCCUUCUCCUGUACUGUCUUUCCUCUUCUGAGAGUCGAGUGUUACCUAUUUGCAUAGGUUCUGGGAGAGCUAAAGUAGUAGAAUCAGAACUCUGAAAUGAGGGAGCUAGUCUUAUGGAGGAUCUGCGGGUUCUAUCCCGAGUAUUCUGCCUCUGUCUCAUACGUUCAUCUAUUCGGGAAAUAAAUGAAAUCAAAUCCUCCAAAUUUUCAGGAAGUUCUCUUGUGGCAACCUCAUCUAGAAUCUCAUCAGAUAACCCGUUUAUAAAUACGUCCAUAUAAGCCUGUUCAUUCCACUUGACUUCUGCCGCCAAGGAUCUGAACUCUAACGCAUAAUCCACGAGGGUUCGGUUAUACUGUCUAAGACGUAACAGUAGUCUAGCUGCAUUGGCCUUUCUUCCUGGGGGGUCAAAAGUUCUCCUAAAUGCAGCGACAAAAGCAUUAUAAUUGUAAACUAACGGGUUAUCAUUUUCCCACAGGGGGUUAGCCCAUCUAAGUGCUUUGUCAAUGAGCAACGUGAUUAUAAAUCCAACCUUCGCCCUGUCAGUAGGGUAGGCGUGGGGUUGUAACUCAAAAUGAAUACCUAUCUGGUUUAAAAAACCUCGACAAGUGUCAGGAGAGCCGCCAUAGCGUGAAGGGGAAGUAACACGGGAAGAAGCAGCCACUGUGGCUACCUCUAGGCCUGUACUUACAGGAGAGAUAGAUGGGGUACGCAUCUCCUCUGAGUGAUUACUAGGACGAGAUAGCAAUGCUUGCAGAGCUAGAGCCAUCUGGUCCAUUCUAUGAUCCAUGGCCUCAAAUCUAGAGUCAGGAGAACCGACCUGAGAGUUUGUACCUGCAGGAUCCAUUGGCCCUGUCGUAAUGUCAGGAUCGUGACAGGGAUCCAACACGCAGAAUACAAACAGGAGAUAGGUACGUAUACCGGACCUUAGAAUGGCCGGACUAACGUAAGGAGAAAGCAAAGAAUGGUCAGAGACAAGCCGAGGUCGAGGGAACGAGAGAGUAGGUAAGCGAGAGACAAGCCGAGUCAAAAGGACAAGAGAGGAAAGCAGGGUCAAAAAAUACAAGCCGAGUCAGGAACCAAAAGACAAUAGAGGUAAGAGCACUGAGUGACCAGACUAGCUAGAACCACGACAGGGCAAUGAAUCAUUCCACAAAACCCUCUUUUAUACCUUGGCUCUUUAACUGUUGGCCCCGCCCCCAACGAGUCCUGAUUCGUUGUUCGGCACUUGGUUGCCGUGAUUGACGGGUCGGAACGUGAUUGCCGUCAUGACGUCGGCUACUGAGCGCCGCGUCAUAAAAGGAGGCGGAGCUAUCGCGGCCGGCGUGUAAACGGCCGGGAGGACUGCGAGGAUCGGGUGAGUCAGCCCCCCUAGGAGGAUGGACGUCUAGGUGUCUAACCUCCUCCGAGGUAGACACCAGAGGUAACCUGACAGAAUACAAGACAAAGACUAUUUUUUGCUAUUACGUUAUCAAUAUCCCGUCUUCCACUGAGCUAAAGUGUGCAAUAGUACCAACUGAUACAUUUAUCAGGAAUACCAUGUAUUAGGGUAUUAUUAAAAGCUAGAUCCUAGGACAUUUACUGAACGUAAACAACUUUAGUAUUAUUUAAAAAGCACUCCUGGUUUAUACAUAAGUACAGUUAUGUAUAGCGCUGAAUUGUAGUAUUGCCAGUUUAGAUUUUGCCAGUUCCCUAAAAUAAAUUGUUAAUCUACCAACAAUUUACUCUUCACUGCAACUCUUCUCUGCCCGCCAUAGAUUAUCAGUAAUGGUGAUUUCCUAGCCAAUAGAGUGCUACCCUUAGCAAGAAUGCUGCCUAUUAUGACACAACGUGCAUGCACAGCCAUUCCCACAGCUAUUGAUCCUGUAAUGCUUCUUAUGGAGAAUUGGAAAAAUUAUUGUUUGUCCAUGAGAAGCCAUGUGCUAGAGUACAAAGUAAGAGAGGAAGUGCACCCGUCCGGUUGUCUGAUUGAAAGCAGCUUAGCCACUUUGUAAAAGAGCUGACUUCUCAUGAAAUCAGAACUUUCAUAAAGUGGCAAAGAGGGGACAUUCUGUUAAACCCUAAAGCACCUCAGCAAGCUAGAGUGUUUGAGGGAUGUGGAGGGGUCUUUUAAAUUAUCCAGUCUUUGUCAAUGCUUACUAGCACAUACCAAGUGAUGUGGCAGAUGAAAUUGAUGAAAGCAAGACUUCAGUGUUAACAUCUUAAUAAAUACAAAAAUAAUAGGUAGACUUAUCAACUCUUAAUCUUGCUAAAUAAGGUAAAAAUAAUAUGUUACUUCUUUAAUACAAAAAAAAAAACACACACACUUUCCAAUGGUACUUCUCAUACAUGUCAUGAAAAAUAUAUUGGUAGCUUCCUACACUUUGAUUUAAAUGAGGCCUAAGAGUGACAGCGCCAAAAUACAUUAUGGCUUUGACCCUUCCUACUGGAAAACGUUCUGUGGACACCUGAGUGCAGUCACUAAAAUAUAGAAUGAGAAAACAUCUGUCUUCAAUGACUGAAGUGAAUUUUAACUUGUUAGCUGGAAAGCAUUUUUAAUGCAAAUGCAUUUCGAGAGCAACAAUCAUACAUUUUAGAGGCUAUCUGGUUCCUUGUUAGAGAGGGAUAUUCCUUAAAAAGGAAGUUGCAUGGAACCUUCUCACCAGGUCCUAUCAAGGAGUGGAAAAUGGAUCAUCAUUUUUUGGCUCUGCCCUCUUUAUUGGAUCUGUAUAGAUUAUAUUCUAUUGUUAUAAUUUGUUUUGCAUUUGUUUGAAGAGAUGGUGCAAUUUGUGUAAUUAGUGGUGCUUAUAUAUAGGCUUUCAAAAAUAUCAUCACAUAUGCAGAUCAUGAUAAAAUUAAUAAACAUGCUGAUUGGUAUAUAAUAAAAAAAAUGUAAACAUGUAUUAAAGCCACUAACAGUAAUAUAAUACACAUUAAAAAGAUGUUGCAAAACCAGCAUGUGGGAAAUUGUAUGGUGCUAUUCUUCAGAGACUGCGUUCUACUGCCAGAAUAGUGAUAGAGAUGCUUCAAAAUUCCUCUAAAUAAUGUUUAGAUUAAACAACAGCCAACAAACACAUUUCUAUGGCAUCAGCACUGACUUUUUUUUAUCAAGGCCUAAUACAAAUCAAAACGGCAUUGUAAUAUAAAACUGACACUCGCACUGAAAAUGUCCCAUUCAUAUUUGUAAGGACCAAACAGUUCUUUGUGACUAACUGAAUUGAAUAUCCCGUGACAGUCUGGUCUAGAAAUGUUCCAUUACGAGAGAUAACUGAGGCCCUGUAAGUCAAGCAUGUAAUGAUUCAUGUUGUUUACAUUCAUGGUUAUUUCAACAUGAAACCCAACAGGUUUGAUCUUGCAUGAAACACGUCAAACAUAGAGCAGACUAACAAAUUAACAUUUCUGUGACUUCUCAGAUUUAGUGCUUACAGGAUUAUUAUCUGAGACUGUACAUUUAAGGUUCAGUUAGCUGGGAAAAUAACCCAGUUUUGCUGUUAUUUGCAUUUGCCUGAUCAAUUUCCAUCAGUUCCAGGUUUGGUGAAUAAAAUUGGUAGUCUGCUCUACUCCCAGACAGCUCUAACGUAUUAUAACAACAGAACGUGCAUCUUUAGUCAUAACAAACCAUAGCUUUCCCAUAGAAUCCAAGAUUCCCAAUAAAAUUGCAUUUGGUUUAACUGCUGAGACAGCCGAUUUCCAAUGACAUACUUCGGUCAGGUGCCAUUACAAAGAGAACCUAUACCAUUUACAUAUCAGUCUGAUUCCACCCAUAAGGGCAGUCCAAAACCGAAAUGCCGGCAAGUUCCCUCUGCGCGAGAGAUACAAUUGUUAAAGCCACUAGCAAUAAUAUAUUAUGCAUUAAAUGAUACUUCAAAAUCAGGAUGUGGAAAAUUGUAUGGUGCUAUCCUUCAGAGAGUACAUUUUACUGCCAGAAUAGUGAUCACUGUGUUUGGAACAUUGGGAUCUCACCUUCUCUUUAUCCAUUUUCUUUUCUAUUUACACUAGUACACUAGGUUUUUAAUGGGCAGUGGGAGAUCUACAAGUUUCUACACGCUGUCCAUGUUAUUGUUGUAAUACACAUUACUAUAUUGUGAAAGGUUUUAACCAAUUCUAAUACAUUCUUUAUCAUAUACCGGCCCUAUCUAUCUUUAUCGUACUAACAAGUUGAUCCUAGAUGCAUAUGGUAUUUAAGAGAGUAUUUAAGGGGGGGGGCGGAGCCAGCAGCCAUAGUGAAAGGACGCAUCUCCCUCGAGCUCCGAGCCAAAACACCGAAAUUGAACAUAUUUCACGGGAAAUCAAUCACUCGCCUGUACACAAGGCUGCUACGUACCUCGCUGAAGCCAUGGGGUGCCGCAAUAAGAAAUAUAAACUUGAGAGACCCCCUGCAACAGCCGACAUUGGGGAGCUCCUGAGGAGGCCGCAAUCCACCGGAAGGCCUGAAAUGGCACCAGUGUCGUACGGGCUUUCAUCUAGUGACGAGCUCUCGGCAGACGGGGGGAAUAUGACACCGGAGUACCUACCAAACCCGUGCCACUGAGGCCCACGUCCACAGCAAACACUCCAGUCACAGAGGACACUUUGCGGAGCCUCCUGGACGAGCUACGCCGGAACAUAGCGACCGAUAUUGGGCAGUUCCGGGAGGAAAUUAAAGGAGUAUCGGCAUGCCUACACCGUACAGAGCUGAACUCUGCAGACCAAGAGAACUGCAUACAAUCCUUGGAGAAACAACUAACAACCCUACAGUGGUCACAAAUGCUGGCCCAGGAAACUAUGGCGGCAAUGGAAGAUAAGAGGAGAUGGAAAAAUAUUAAAAUCAGAGGACUGCCUGACACUGUGGAGCCUACAGAACUUCCACACCUAGUUCGCAGACUACUCACCACACUAUUCUCUGCCAGACAAGCUAAGGCGAUGCCUCUGGACGGGUGGUACAGAAUCCCCAAACCAAACACAGGCACCCAGGGCACUAGCAGGGAUACCAUUGUCCGUUUCCAGCAAAGUCGGGACCUACUGGCCUUCAUGGCGGCCAUCCGCAACAGGUCACCUUAUCAAUUUGAGGAACACUCCUUAAAAUUCUUCCCAGACCUGUCCAGAGCCACCCUGGAGUGGCAACGCUCUCUGCGUCCUCUGACAAAGGAGCUCCUCACCCACACAAUACCAUACCGCUGGGGAACGCCAAGAAGCCUAAUCAUCCAGAAGGACAAUGGCGACCUGAAAGUCACUACCACUGCCGAACUCCCUGACGCUCUACGGGCCCUAGGGCUGUCCACGCAGGUAGCCACAGAGCUGACUCAGCCGCCACCUUCAACAACCGCUUGCUGGGAUCCCGCGAAGGUUUGCCCGUUCGUUCCUGUGGCUCAGAGAGGAGAUCCAUAGGCAGCUCUGGGAUCCUGAACUGUCAACAAAUAUUCAAAACCUUUUUAUUAUUUAAAAAAAACCUUAAGCAGUUUAAAUGUUUUUUCAGUUCCAUUUCUAAUUUACUUUAAUUGUUUCUCACGUGUUCUCACAUAAUUUGCUCAAUUCCCCGGGAGGUGUUCCUUUGAACACAGUUUAUAGCUCUGACUCCUAUCAUUGUACAUCACAGUCGGCAAAUGCUUCACAUUGACACUGACCCAACACACACUACCGACCAUCCUGAGGGGGCCCUGGCCUCUACCAAAUCAUAGCAACCCUACUUAAAGACCUUCAUGGACGUGGAGGCAUCUGGGUGCUUCCCACCUUUAAAUGCACCGGUACUACCUUCCUCACAUCACUAAGAGGGGACAGCAUUCCUAGCGACUUCUCACUUCAUUAGACAUGCUGUCAGUCACUUCUAAACAUACUCUGGUCUUAUACCAUGUCGAAUAGCCUAGUUUCUCACCCUUCUAUAUGUCUGGAUAGCACUUGUUGAAUAUCUAACUUGUUUAUGUCUAACUCAGACAGAUUUGACUAGCCUGAAUACUCACUAUUCUAAAAAUAAAUAAAAAUGUGUGCAAUAAUCACUUGUACCUCAACCUUGUUAAAAUGUGUAUUUUACAAUUCUUGUAAUAGCUGUUGGGGCAUUACAAGAGAGAGUGUUACAUAUAUGCACCGAAAAAAUAAAGAAUUAAUAAUAAAAAAAAAAGAGAGAGAAUUUAAGUAUCAGAGAGGCAUCUGAUAUGGUGAAAUGCCUUAUUUAUCUUAUUAUUUUGUAUCCUUUUUUGUUAUUUCUGCUUAUUAUUGAUAUAGAAAUAUUAAAUUACAAUAAUCUUUGACAGAUUAAAAUGAUGAUCACAUUUUUAAUAGCAAACCAGAAAGAUAUGUUGUAUCCUGUCUUGUCUCGUUAAAAUAAAUGUAUUUACAUUACAUCUUUUCCAUUGCAGGGUUAUGGAGAUCCCAAUCAAGCUCCUAGUAAGUACAGUAUCCUAGAUAUUCCUAAAUCAUUUUAUAUUAAAAGUGUCACUAAUAGAAAAUAAAGAGUGCCUCUUUAAACUUGCUGUGAUAAAUUAAAUGUGAAUUCAAGAGAAUAAAACUCUAAACUCUACUGGGACAAAGAAACAAACAGGAAGUAUAAACAGAAUAACAGAAAGCACAACAGUAAAUGUAACAGCGUAUCAGACCACAACAUUUCAGUUUACCAUAGGGCACCAGUAUAAACUUUUUAUUCGAAUUCAGACACUGUCUGCAGCUCCACUUACUGGUUUAGUAUUUAACUAGUUAUAUAUGAUGACAAAAAUGAUGACAUUUGAUAUGGGUAAGUCCUAUUUACUUGUAACUUAAUAUAAUGACACUUUCUUUAUAAAAAAAACACUUUACAGAUUUAUCUUGUCUGUAUUUUCAAUACAAAAAAAAUAUUGAAACAUGUAACUCUUUAGGUGCAUGCAAUGACGUGUAAGACAAAUGUGUUGCAUGUGCAGUGUCUGUUUUUAUUCAGAAUGUCAUAAUAAUAGAUCAUUUGCUUCAUAUUUCAGCGUAUUCAAUAAAUAUUCAUGGGUCUCUUAAUGGAGUUCAGAUUGGGAAUAACAAUGUUAUGUAUGUAAAAGAAAACAGACAAACAUACCAAAAUCCAACUACCAGAUUAAGGACACCCAAUCAGCCGCGUGGCACCCCAACAAGACAGGGCACCAUUCCGAAGGCAACAUGGCAAAGCCAGAAUGUUGGACAUUCUCAAACUGUACUGCGAAAUGAGCAGCCAUCCAAUACCUCUAUUGCAAAACAAACAACAGGAAAUGUACCUUCAACACAGAUCUGUCCUGCACCAGCUACCUCAGUAAACAAUUUACAGCUAAGUAACAUCCCAUGUCAGCAUGAUAAAAAUGCUAUAGUUCAGGAAAACACAGAAAGCUGUUUAGUGAGGUCUCAAUCUAAAUCCCAGGAUCCCCAGCAAAGUCAGCAAACACCACCCCAUAAAAAUACCCAACAAGACAAAAACAACAAGUUUAACUGAUAGUCUAAAGUAUUCACCACAGUUAACAGACUGCAAUGCAGUUAUAGAGCUGUAUGGGCAUCACUACACUACCAGAUACACCGCUCUAUCCAUUUUUCUAAAAACAGAGUACAACAGUGCUCUGUAAUGAUUAUAGUCCCAUGUCCUCAUGUGAUUUACAAUCCAGGAAGGUAGGUUUCCUGAUGUCCCCCUAAUACUAACUACCCUAAUGCAGCAAGCUUCCUUAAAGAACAACUGUCACCCUCAAAUUUAUUUUUUUAUAUAAUAAACCUUUCAUCAAGUUUUUAAAGGAAAUUGAUUUUUUUUUUUAAAUUAAGUAUGUUUAAAAUUAAUUUUAAAAAAUAGAUAAAAUGUCAUCCCUACCUAUAGAUGACAGGAUCCUUCAGACAGUGCUUAAAAUUCCGACAGUCUCCAUGAUCCUCCCUUUGCAGAAACAGAGGAGACCAUAGAGACUAGAUGUGGCUGAGGAUUUUCAUUUUUUUUUUUACAUAUACAUCAUUUUUAAAAAAACAUGUAUUUCUUUUCAAAACUUAAUGAAAGAAUCAUUAUAUUAAAAAUUAGUUACAGUUGUGAUUUAACUAAACUUAAAGGGACACUAUAGUCACCAGAACAACUACAGCUUAAAGGAACACUCUAGGCCCCCAGACUAUCUCAUUGAAGUGGUCUACGUGCACUGUCCCAAUCCCUUAUACCUUGCAAAGGUAAUUAUUGCAGCUAUUGAGAAACUGCAAUAAUUACCUUGCAGGGUUAAUGAAACCUCUAGUGGCUGUCUAUAGAUUUUGGGUCCUUAGUGGAAUUUUGAUCCACUAAAUGAUGCUGGCCAACUUCAUGCUUGCAUGAGAACAUCCAGCGUCAGCUAAAACCCCAUAGGAAAGCAUUGAUUCAAUGCAUUCCUAUGGGGAAGUCCUAAUGCACAUUAGUUCCCCCCAGUGGCUGAUGUCAGGGGAGGAGGAGCAGAGCAACAUCUGGGCUGGAAUCAGGUAAGUGACAAAAGAGUUUUUAACUCUGUCAGUGCUGGGAGAGAGAGGAUACUAUAGUGCUAGGAAUAAAACUUAGUAUUCCUAGCACUAUAGUUUCCCUGUAAUAUAGUUGUUCUGGUGUGUAUAGUAUGUCCCUGCAGGCCUUUUAAUGUAAACACUGCCUUUUCAGGAAAACGCCAGUGUUUACAUUACUACCUCGGAUCACCUCUAAUGGCAGCCACUCAGACGGCCACUAGAGGUGUUUCUUGGGUCAGUGCUGCACAGUGUGCAGCACUGACAUUCAGCAUCUCUAUGCAGAGCUUCAAUGCAACUCUGUGAGGUUUGCCGUGCAUAUGCAAUAGACUCUCAAUGUUUUUGUAUGCUUUCCAAGGAGGCGGAGCGGGGCCUGCGCAGCACUGAAAAAUUCUGGAUGAAAUACCUCAAACAUCUCCCAACAUGGGGCAUCGCCAGUUACGCGAGACGUGUCACUAGAGAUGCCCAGUGGGUGGAGCCACCUUGAAAAGGGGUUGUCUCAUCCAAAAAGGUGUGUGUUAGCUUGAAAAAGGAGCAGGCCCAUUGUGUUUCUUUUGCUGCCAUGCAAUAUAGACAGAUAUAUACAGAGGCGUAACUAGAAACCACAGGGCCCUGGGGCAAAAAUUGCCCUGGGCACCCCCCAUACAUCUACCUCUUACCCCACACGUCCCUGCCUCCCCCACACAUGCAGACAAACAGAUACACAUGCAGACACAUACAUACAGACACACACACACACAAACAUACAGAGACCCAUACAUACAGACACAUGUAGAGACACACACACAUACACUCAUAUACACACACUCAGACAUAUACACAUGUACACUUAUAGACACAUACACUGUCACAGACACACACACACUCAGAGACACACACACAUACACUCAUAUACACACACUCAGACAUAUACACAUGUACACUUACAGACACACACACUCACAGACACACACACUCACAGACACACACAUACACACAGAGACUCACAGACAUACACUUACAGACACACACACACUCUCAGACACACAUACACUUACAGACACACACACUCACAGACAAACACAUACACUUACAGACAUACACAUUCAGACAGACACAAAUGCGUACAGACACACACAUACACAUACACUUACAGACACAUACACAUUCAGACACACACAUACACAUUCAGACACCUACACAUUUAGACACACCUAUACACCUUCAGACACACACACAUACACAUUCAGACACACACAUACACAUUCAGACACACACACUUACAGACACAUACACAUUCAGACACGCACACAUACACUCAGACACACACAUACACUUACAGACACAUACACAUUCAGACACACACACUUACAGACACAUACACAUUCAGACACACACACAUACACUCAGACACACACAUACACUUACAGACACAUACACAUUCAGACACACACAUACACUUACAGAUACAUACACAUUCAGACCCACACAUACACUCAGACACACACACUCACAGACAAACACAUACACACACACUUACAGACACAUACACAUUCAGACACACACAUUCACUUACAGACACACACAAAUUAUAAAUAUUAAAAGUCCACCCAGCCUCCCUGCCUGGAGAGCUAGCAUGGAUCUGUCCCUGGGGUCCAGUGGGGCUUCAGUGCGGCGUGCCGCAGACUUCCUGUCAGACGUGGCGAGGGAGCUGUGUUCUCUCUGCUCUGCCCCCUCGCGGGUUAUUUAGCCGGAAUAUGACAUCAGAGAGAACACAGCUCCCUUGCUGCGUCUGACAGGAACUCUGCCGCCCGCCGGGAGGGGUCCAUUAGGUGGCUAGUGGAGGGGGUGGCAUCUAGGUGGCCCACGGUCGCAGUGAGGGGCCGAUCGCAGCUGCGACCUCUGUGACCGAGGUAUUUAUGCCACUGGAUAUUUAGCAACACACACCCAUAUUGGCACACAGUCACAGAGAAAUGCAGGCACACAAUCAAACAAACACAGUCAUACGGGCACACAAAGUCGUACAAUCUACACAUAAAGGUACAAUGUCAUACAAACAAAGACAUAGAGACACACACAGAGACAAUCAGACACUGUCAUACAGAGACAUUCACACACUGUCAUAUACACAUACAUACACAGGCAUACAAAGACAUACAUACCCAGUCAUAUAGUCAUACAGAUACAGGCAUACAUAACAGGAGCGUAUUCAGAACCUAAUCUCGGGAAGGGCACUGGCUGUAGUUAGUUGAAAAGUUAGAGGGCGUAGUAGGGGCUGUAGUUGGGUGACAGGGGCUGCAGUAUGGACUGUAAUUGGGGGUUAGGAAAUGUAGUGAGGGUUAUGGUCGGAAGUAGGUUGAUGGCUGCAAUUGGGAAAGAGGGGCUGUAGUAGGAAUGAUAUGGGACUGUAGUGGGAGGUAAGGAUUGUAGUGGGAGAUAAGGACUGUAGUAAGGGAGUAGGAGCUGUAGUGGAGGUAUGGGGUGUAAAAGUGGGGUUAGGGCUGGAAGUGGAGGGAUAGAGGCUGUAGUUGGAGAGAUGUGUAGUAGAGAGUUAGGGCUAUGGUGGG